UGAUAGUAACUUGGGUACAAGAGUUGAUGUAACACUUUUACGGUGCUCGGUAAUGAAGAGCGACAGGUUUCAAGGAGCAAUGUGAUUCCGGUUAUAUAAGCUUAUACAGUGAUCGGCACGAGGAUUUGGCUGGUGAAAGCAGUACGGGUAUUUGAGGCUUCAUAUAUUAUUGUGCGCAUGCAAGUUAGGACAAAGAUUUCAUAAAAGACUUCAUAUGAUCGAGUGACUCAAGUGAUGAGGUUUUCAGACUGGCAGCCCUGAGAUAACAGCGCUGAUAGCGGUAAGUGUAAACAGUUUACCUUGUCGUACAGAAAAAGAUAGAAAAGCAUUAGUCUCUCUACUCAACUUUUUACUAUCGAUUAAAAAACUAUAGAACUCGAAAGGACUUGAUUUCGAAAGAGAAACAAGAGAGAGAUGAUCAAUAAUCAUAUCCAAUUCAUAUUUCUAAAUUUGUUUUGAGUGCCCAUCAGUGAAAGGUUAUUGCAUUCCUCUGUUUAAUUAGUCAGAAGUCUAGCCAGUAAUUCCUGCUAUCUGCUCUUGUGAUUGCCAAAAACGUUUUAGUUCAAAGAUGUAGUUAGAAAGAACUUGAGCGUUUAAUUGCAUAAAGGACAAUCACAUUGAGCACAACUUUCAGCUAUGAAACAGCACCACAGUACAUUGACUUCAUCUGUCAUCCCAUUUGAUCAUAUUAUACAUAACUCAGUAAUAAAUGGACGGUUCAUCAGACGUUAAUUGUUUUAUCUAACCGAUCUGUCUAUUUCAUGAUGUUUAUUAUUUUUAUUAUUAUUACUUAUACCAGAGAUAAGAAUUGUCAGCUUACUUCUCGGCGUUGGAAGGUGCUUCUAAACAAUUUAGCUUUUUUGUGGUGGGGGGGGGGGUGCGUCUUUCCUUCUGAAAACCUUAGCCUAUUUCAUGCCGAAAUACGUGAAUUUUCCCACCCAAUUUCACAAUUUUCGGUCUGAAAUGCUGCUAUCAAGAGUCGACAAGAGCCAAUUCCGACCUUCAGUUUCAAACCCUGCUUAAAGAGAGCACGGAAUCUCACUCUAUUUCAAGCGCAAACGGUUGCAGUCUAUACCCAUUUUCACACCAAAACGUUUUCUUUUAAAAAAAAAAAAAACUACAAAAAUAAAAAAAAACUCUUUGGCGCCCCAAAAAAGGAUCACCCCCCCCUUCGGGGCCCCCAAAGCUUUUAAAAUACAGUAAACUGAACCGAAGGACAAGAUGUCAUUCGCGCCAGUUCUUGUGGUAAUAUGAUUAGUUUUUCUGCCUCCUGGGGUUUAUGUGUUCAGCAACUGUUAACUUGUGAUCUGGCGUAAAACGCAUGGAAUGUUCCAAUAUUUUCAGCAUCUAUUAAAAUUUGAAGAAGGAAGCGUUUGUUGAUUUAAUUCUGUUUUGCCAAGUAAAGUAGUCGGCAAAAAGUGUUUCCUAUGCAAAUGAACUUUAUUGUUUAACGAGACUUUCAAAUGGCUUAACAGUUUUUCUGACCAUAUAGAAAACCUUUUUAAAAGGUGUAAAUUCCUUUAUAUAUAUUGAUAAAACACUAUUCGAUACCAAUAAUGUAAAUAAAACAGUUCUUUCUCAAAGAAAAAAACCUUUCAAAUUGAGUAAAAUCUUGAAGUGAGUUGAAACCGGAACUUCGACUUCGACUAGUGUCAAAACCUAAAUCCUCCUCUGUACCCAUUGUGCAAAGAACUAUUGAGAAAGGGGUAAAGUGUACAUUUGCUGACAAUUCUUGAGUCAAUAACGGGGUAUAUGGCGUGCUUUUAUCCGUGAUAUUUUUCAGAUGGGCCUUCCUUUGUAUGUCUAUAUUGUUAACAAACUAAAAUUAGCUUUAUUUCUUUGAUUUCCUGGUUGCCAUAACUAAGGGAGGAUCCUCUCUUACAAAAACCUAUACGAAAAUUGUCCAGUAUUUUAUUGCUUUAUGUUCAUCGCUCUAUAAGGAUGGUACAAUUUUUCAGUCAGUGAUUUUACAAAUCGUUGUAUGGUAUUAAUGGUUUAGGUUUGUGAAAACUCGAUAGUUAAAUGCCGAGCUCAGAUAAAAAAUAUUGGUCAUAUAUUUCAGAUAAAGUUUAAAACCUUUUGUCAAAUACUCCCUUUGUUACGUGUUGAAUUUAAAGUCGCGCGGACGUGACAUACUUAUAAACUUUUAGUUCGACUGAUAAAGAUUCUUUGUGUCUACAGUGGAGGGUUAAUCUUUCUAUUCGCCGAAUGUUUGUCUUGCACUACAACAAAGGCCGAGAUUAAUUUGCAACCAAAAGACCGACUGUAGAGCAAAAAAGAAAACUAGCUACAUUUGUCAUGCAAAUGUAUUUAAAAUUAAUUACUCACAAGUUUCUUUUCUUCGUAGCGGCUUCUUAAAAUGAUUUUAAUUACUCUGAUUAGCAGUUGAUUCAAACGUUGUAGAUUUUUGCGUGGAGCAGGAAACCACUGGUUCUUGAAUACCUUGCCUCUAGUUUUCAAUAUUUUUUGUUUCCACUUCUUACACCUCGAAGCAAUAUGUUUCGAUCCGCAGGCUUGCUCCCCUUCAAGCGGAUAACCAGUUUUUUCAAUAAAGCUCGCCACCGGUUAAUAGCAAGAAAAGUUCAAGACAAUCAUUGUGAUUGAUGUCCUACAGCGAGAGCUAAGAAUUAUACAUCUCUCGGACACCGCCGUAUUGAAUAUUCAUGACUAGGAUCAGGUCAUCUAUGAACUUUGCGGCGUAAGAAAUUUUUUUUAACACGGUUCACCAAUCUUAACCGCAGGUAUACAAACGUCUUGAAUUCCUCGAUAUUGAAUCUUUACAAGAAUUCCGGCCAUUACACGGAGACCGUUCGAGGACGUCAUUUCACCGUUCAGCUUGUUGCGAAGUUGUAAAAAGUUUACCCUAUCUGUCGACAAUGCCUCGUCAAUGAAAUCAAACAGUUUUAUAGAGGAAGCUAAAGAGUCUUGUUAAAACUCCAGAGCCGCGUUUUUGCGAGUAAGAAUUCCGUAAGGCCUGGUAAACUUUAAGGACACAACCAGGGUAAGUCUUGGUGAAUUAUUUUCUUUUCUCUUUUCAUUACUUUCUUCCUCUUCGCAUCGCUUGUUCAAUACAUGUGCAUUUGCUAUUUCGGUUCUUGUGUAAUUCUGUUUCAACCCGUACAUAAGUCAGAUAAAUGUUGGUUAUGGUUAUGCUGAUCAAAGGUUAUACAAGCAGGCUGAAUUAUUAACGAGCUUCACUUAUUGCGGAACAUUCUGGACCGAAAACUGCUUAUAUUGCAACAAAGAAGGGCAAUAUAAAUCCCAGGGCUAUCAUUACCUAAUAUUUGGAGCAACACGCAUCGUUAUCAGCAAAUCUGAAAUUCUGAUACCAGUUUAGGUGUUUAUUGAGAAACUCGCGAUGAAAUAAGCUGAUUCAACACAUUCCGUUUGGCAGGAACACGUUGAAUUUAUCGGGCCGGUUCUGGAUGAAUUAUUGAUUAUGAUUUAUUUUUCAAGUUUUAGAUGACAAGAAAAAUAAACAUCAUAAGUAUAGGUUCUUUAACAUGAUAUGUGCCUUAAUAUUAGUGUAGUAUCACUUUCUUAUCAGUUGAAACAGAAGUGACUACUAACUUAGCUUUCAAUCAACAAAUUUGUUUCUCGUUUCCUUUCAUCCAUCAUUCUUGGGAUAUUCGUAUUUCUAACGAAGUCUUGACAGUUGCGUCAUCUUAAUUUUCCAACGGUAAAUCUUAUCCAAAGCCAGCCGAAACAACUUCGGUUCACUUUUUAAAGACCUAGUACUGGUCAGCAUGAAAUUCUACGAUUCAAAUGAAAAUUCCUCAUUAACUUUUUGCUACUCAGUUGCUAUUUAUGUUGUGCAAUGAGAAAUUUAUGGGAAUUCCUUGCUUUUUUUGUUGUUGUUCUCGCCUUAUCUUGUGUGCCGCAACAUCGAACUAUGAUGUUGUUUCAGUAAAAUUUCUAGUAAGUUUUCAUGAUCAUUGCGAAACAGAAUGCAGUGCAGAAAUCCCUGUGUCGUUUUUAUGUUUUCUCUCGAUAUCCUCUCUCCUGCCAUUUGAGCGCGCUUUACUAGCGCUGUCGUUAUUUUGAGUUCGUCUUUACUGAGUUAUAAGUUUUUUUUGUGUAAAAUAAUAAUCUAAAUGAAUUGAACCUUUCAAAGCGGAUCGGAUACAAUGCACGUGGUGAUGAACUUCCAGCUCCGGGGCUUGCAAGGGGCACGGAGUUCUAGGGUGGACUAAGUUCAAAAUGGGGCGGCUAUAUCCGGGGAUGCUGGGGGCAGUCAGGUAACCAACGGAAUUUUAACAGCACGAUAAAGUAACCAACGUUAUUCAGUAAAGUUGCAUUAUAGUUUUCUUACUCUUAGUAGAAAAGUUUGUCUGUUUCCGCUCAAGAAAUUAUAUCUGGAAAUUUUGUUAAUUACUAGAAAGCUACGUUUUUACCUAACAAUUAAGCUCCUUGAAUUUUGUCGUCUAAGCUAUAGAGGUGAAAUUUAUAUUCUUGACUUUCAAUUAUUGAAGUAAUUCGCAUUUUCUCGUCGUCAAGUAUCAGUAGCUCGCUUACCUUGGCAUUUUUUCAUAUGUUUAAGUGCUUUAUUGGACAGAAUCUCUUGAUGUCUGUGUCAGUCUAUAAGUAGGUCAGUACCCAAUUAGCAGACGCUAUAUAAAAGCCAAAAACGAGCGGACCCUCAGGCGUUUAACAUUCAUCAUUUAAUGGAUGUUGUCAGCUUCUUUGUAGGGAAGUAUAAAGGUAAUUGUUCAAAGUGGAUUGUAAGGGAAAGUUGAACUGUGAGUGGGUUCUGAGUUCCCUCUGUUAAUCAGGCUAACUGGUGUGAAAAUAUGGCUUGGAAUGUCGGCUUUUCUUUUCAAAUUGAAGUAGACGCUGUCUAAUGGCCGGAUUACCAGUUAGUCUUAAUUGAGGCAUCAAUGCAAAAAUUUCGACAACGCAACGUAAACCAACAUAAAGUAGGUAUUUUUAUUAAUUUUAUUGCUCGUGUGACCGUCAAGUCAUUUCGUCUAAAAAAUCAGAGUUCAUUAUUUACGAGAUAAUACUGAAGUGAUUACUUUGACUGAUAACAUCUCUUAACUUUUGUUACAUACAGUAAUAAGUCAGCUGUUUAAUUUUUCAUUUCUGUCCAAUAUAUUGUCACAUUCGACAAACUCAAUCCUACCCGUGCGAUGUGAUUAGCUAUAUAUACAGGGUGUCCUCUACUUUAUAAGUCCGUAUUUCAGUAUGAUUGGACUUGGUAAGCAUAUCAUUUAAACAAAAGUUGUGUCUUUCAAUCUAAUUCACUAAUUUCAUACUUGUUGUGCCAACUUUUGACUCGAAUAUUCGAUUUGUGUACUUCCGCGCCAAAGGUGCGCGUGCGCGAGUAUUUUCCAGCCAAAUAUUUUGUGUAUUUUAUAGUCCGAAUUGCUCAAAUUCCUUCCUUGUAUUUUGUUAAUAUCAUGAAAGAUGAACCCCCUUUUCACAAAAACGUUCCGCUACGUGAGAGCAUAAGCAUGUAUACUUCGAUUUGCUGGCUUAUCUGUUGUAAUAACUGCUAAAAAAACUGGGAAAAUCCGAAUGUUGGGUGGUAAAAUGAUCAUGGAGUAAUAAAGGUUUUGAAGGCAAGAAACCUUACGAAGGGGAAGACCAAGAGUCCCGAAUAAAGCACCUAAAAUAGUUUUAAAGAAGGCUAGAUACAAAACAGGAGACUCGACCAGGAAGCUCUCACAUAAGCAAGCCAAGUCCAGCACAGGUUCAUGAAAAGUGAACGAAUGUUUAAAAUUGGAGGCCCCUGAGACGACAAAACUAAAAAAAAACCUCUACGUAAUCUGCCAAGUAACGCUCAGCUCGUCUCAAAUUUCUGGAGAAGUCAUGACAAAAGCCUUGCUGUUGAAGGGGACCGGGAUGAUUAUCUUUCUCAGAUGACUGCCCAAAAUAUAUAUUUUUUCAGCUGCUUUUUUUCCUUUUUUUCGUGCAAUAAUAAUUGAAGACCUGACAUAGACAGAUUCUACACAAAAGUUCACUGAUACAGACGUAAAAGUAAAAAUAGCCAGGGACCAAGCUCCGCAGUUGGCGAAAAAGGCGAAAAAAGAAUCGGUGAGCGAAGCGGCGGGCAGAGCGGCAGUCUGGGGAGGGGAUAGGAUGGCGGCUUCCCUCGCCGAAUUUUUAUGCCGUUCCACUCCUUUAUUUGCCAAUUUUCUCCCCAUUUUUUUUUUUCAUGCGACCAAGUUAUUUACUACCUAUAGGCUCUUAGUAGGGAGCAGGUUUGGUUACUAAAAGUGAAGUGGUAAAUGUUUGCGUUGAAAUUUUUUUCUUGGGAUUUUUGGAACUUACAUUUAAAAAUAAUUUAUAACAUAUUUUCUAGAUGUGGGGCGCUUACAAGGUGGCUCGACCCAGUAUUUUUAUAGACACACCUUCCAUCUUUGAAUCGCUUUAUACUCAUACAAAUCGGUCUGUAUUGUAAAACGAUUAAGACAUUUGGAUUACACUUAAACUAAACUCUAUAUUGGUAUUAUUUUUUGGGCGAUCGGAAUAAAUGUCACGUAGCAAUGACGUCGCAAUGGUUUUAGCGCUGAAUUGGUUAAUAUUAAUUCAUACAGAAGUUAAUAUCUAUUUUCUUUUCAAAUGCUUUACGCUACAUAUUCUUUGGAUAAGUGUGUACUUUGGGACACAAUCCGAACCCAGCGUUGUAAAUUCUCGCGUAAGGCAUGGGAAUUUGAUGUUGUGCUAAACUCGAGACAUUAUGAAGCCCCAGAGCAAAAACUUAGCCAGAUAUAUGACAUCGCUUCAAUAUUUACUCACUUUUACGCCAGUGUUAGACAACUUUAGAAGUUUUCAAUCGACACGAGAUUCGAGGAUGCAAUGGUACACGAAUCAAUUAAUGCACUAAAAAAGGUUUUAAAAAAAUCUAUCGACGAAUUUUGCUUUAAUCGCUGUUUUCGUGAAAGUAGCCUAAGAAAUUACAAAAAGAGCUCAGCAUUGCGUUUUACCCGUUUUCAUGUGUUUCGAAAUCGCGUAGGUGUACUUGCGUUCAGCGGUUUCUAGAGUGUAUAAGGGUCAUUUGCUAAACGAAUAAGUGAUGAAACCUUUUUCGGAAACAUCCAAAAAGUAGCAAAUUUGUCUGCAUUAAGUCCUAUCUUCAGUGCAUGCAGGGUCUAUGCGCAUGCAUAAUUUAUACCCUUUUUAUAGAAAUUCCAAGAUAUCUCCAAAUUUCUCUUAUAGAUUUUUGUGAAACUUCGCACAGCAGAAGACAUUUAUCCAUAGAAUACGUGGCGUAGAGCAUUUCGAAAGAAAGUGCCGUGGCGAACAGGGCUGAAAUUCGAUUUAGAGCUUAAACCAUUUUGACGUCAUUGCCACGUGACAUUUAUUCCGAUCGCCCAAAAAAUAAUACUAUAAUAAAGUUUAGUGUAAGUGUAAUCCAUGUGUCUUAAUCGUUUUACAAUACAGAUAGAUUUCUUCUUUAAGUAUAAGAGAUUCAAAGGUGGAGGGUGUGCCUCUAAAAAUGCUGGGUCGAGCCAUCUUAUAACCGGCAUUAAAGUACAGCUUGCUAACAAUUAAUUUAUUGCACUUAAGCAGUCUACUCGCAUUAUAAAUUUACUUUACCUACAAAGUUGUCAAUUUUAAAUUGUGCUUGGUUCUGUUCAAAAACUUUUAUCAGUAAAGACUAGAAAAAGGUAGAUGGCCUAUGGCUGGAGUAUUAUUUUUAUCUGUAACAAGACGGCGGGCCCUAUAAAAUUGGGGUAAUAUGUCGUAACAGGUGGCUUUUAAAUCUAGUAGCAGGUACCCAAUAUUCCGAACCGUUAAGUUAAGCCAAAAAAAACGCGGAGCGGACCCUCAGGCGUUUUAUAUUCAUGUAUUUCUUGACUGAAUGGAUGUUUGUCAGCUCCUUAGAAAUUAAAAUACUCGUAUUAAGACGAUGAUUAGAAAAUAAUAAGGAAAUGUAGAGCUCUUAGAGUUCUCUUUCUCAAUUACCUUAAUUAAAAGUGUAAAAGUAUAACUCGAAUAUUUGCUCUUCUUUGAAAAGUAGGCAUGAUCUAAUGCCACGCAGGAUUGCCAGGUAGUCUCAACUGAGGCACUAAUGUCAAAAACGGUGCACAACCUGGACAAAGAGCUAGCAGGCAUUUUUGAUAAAGGUAAAGAUCACCAUUAUUUUUCAUGUUAAAGUAACAAAUAUUCAACUUGUUGAAUCUCGGUUCCCCGGAACUAAAACCUUACCAUAAAGCUACCCCUUGCGAACGGAGUUUUCUCACAACGUCGUACGUGUAUGAUGACCGACAGUCUUAAGAGAGAAUCUUUGAGUUGAAGUAAGUAAUUCUUUGAAAAUUAGAUAACUCUGACUGGCAAAAACUUUUAUCUUCUUUUUAUCGUUAACUCCAAUCAGUUUUAAGUCAGCUCUUUUUCGUUUCAUUUCAUUUCUGCGCAAUUUUUUACCUAUUUGCAGACAAGAUGCCCGUGGCUAAGUAUUGUAUCGUAUCACAUGUAUGUUGUUUAGCUGACUGAUAACGUAGAAAAUUUAGUACAGAGCUGAUUAGAAGAGUUAAUCAGAUAUCAUUUUAUUGCGUUUUUAAAACUAAGGUCUUGCUGAACCAAAACGAGACAGGUUAUACAGAAGCUUGCUCACACAGCUAGGUGAAAACUGAUGUGGAAAAGUUAAGUUUUGCUGGUUGCCUUUACAACUGAAAACGGCUUUCUACGUGGGACCGAGUCGUUUACUUCCUUAUCAGUUAGGCCACCUAGCUACGGCCCUAAGUAGGCCAUGGAUCAACCACCUUACAUCUUCGUCUCUUCUAUUUUGACCUAUAUCUCCAUACUAGCUAGCUCUUCUUCAAGCCAAGCUAAAACCUUGCAGGCUCAAAUUUCAUGAACUUGAGGGCCGUAAUGACAAUUACAACUUACAUUGCACUUACAUUUCUUGAACAACUGUUCUCAUUAAUAAACAACCGAAAUGUAGAUAAAGAGUAAAAUUGUGACCCAUUUCAUUUAUAACUUUUUCCAGCACGCGGUGGUGGAGAGGAGGUUAAUAACAGGCAUUUAAUAACGUUAGCUUGAUAAUAAUUAUCGCAGUACUAGUUCCGCAGUAUACUCGCAGUAUAGCCGGCUUAGUUUUCUAGUUUUGAUUAUAAAAUAAGGUUGAUUGGACCCGUUGAAGAACCUGUAUUACUCAAGACUAGAUAAAGGCGCUGCUUGUAUGUGGAAAAUUAUUAUUAUUUUUCAUCACCAGAAUAUGGACCUAUAAAUAGGCUCGAUGUGCCCAACCAGAUGUUACUGUAACAGUUCCAAAAAAAGUUAUUUAACAGACAACAAUUGAGCCCUCAGAAGUUUAUAUUUCAUCUAUUCAUCAUCUGAAUGGAUGUUUGUCAGCUCCUUUCAAUUGAAAAAAUAUUGUAUCAAGAUAAUUCUUUGAACUGAUCAGGGAGAAGUAGAGCUCUAAUAACCUUGUUCUUAAUAUCUGUUUGUAAAAGCGUUACCUGAAUUUAUGGUCGGCUUUUAUUUGCUGAAACAUCUUUGAGGUCGUCGGAGUGGAUCUUACACGCCCUAAAACUUUGAAGUCUUCGUCAUUCAGUCAGUUUAGGUCUUAAAUAGUUAAAUAACAAGGUAAUUCGCCAAAAAGGUUUUACUAGAGAAAAGUAACUUAUUUUCUCAAGAUAAUCUUAUCGUUUUCUGAAAAGGCUUUAAAAUAGGGCCAGGUUCUGUUUGUCUGCCAGUCUGAAGGAUAUUUUGGAAUCGACAUUGACCAAACGUAAAAUCAGAAGAGAUCUGGUCUAACUGCUGAGGACAAAGCCUUCACUGUAGCAUCAUUUGAAAAAUUUAACUCGAUUAUGUUUUAUUCAUUAAGUAUCUUUUUACUUAAAUCUUAAAAGAUUGAAGACGCUGAAUGUACGAGUCGCUCUAGUAAUUCCCCCGCUUCUCAUUGGUUUUUCCAAUAGUCAACAAAGAUACCUCUUAGGCUGAUAACGAUCGAUUCAGUAUCAUAAAAUUUGAGAGAUGGAAAGAUUUUUCAUAGUCUGGAAUUUCAAUGUAAUAACAAACUUCGACGGUCAAUGGUAUUUCACCUUCGAUGGACGUUUUUCCCGGAGAUGAUCUUUAGACGUUCUAUCCGUGUGAAGCUGACGGAUAGAAUGUGUUGGACGAUCCAAACUCAUUCAGACGAACUUAACCCGGCCCAAGACGUCGAACUUUCAUGAACUUAACUAACUAAGUUUGGUUCCUCUCAUGAAAAGGUCGUCGUUUGGCCCUGGCCUAACUUACUGAUCACCUUGAGCGGUUUGUAUCUCGAUGCGAUUCUCUAUGUUUCACGAGGAGUAAGAAUAUACAAGUUGAAAUGAUAUUCAGUCGGAUAUUGACAGUCAUACGUGGUUGUUAAAAUCAGUGCAAACUAAUAUAAUGCCCGUUUUCAAAAAGUUGCCAUGAAUUUAACUGUGACAUCAAUGCAAAAAUUUCGACAACGCAACGUGAAGCAGCAUAAAGCAGAUAUUUUCAUUAAUUUCAUUGCACGUGUGACCGUCAAGUGAAAGAUAACCAUUUCGUCUAAAAUCAGAAUUCAUUCUUUACGAGUUAAUACUGAAAUUAUUACUUUGACGGAUAAAAUCUGUUAACUUUUAUUAAAUACAAUAACUAAGUUAGCAGUUUAAUUUUUCAUGAUUUCUGUCCAAUAAGUGCGGUAUGUUUAGCUAUACAUAACUUGCCAUAUUCCUGUUGUAGAAUGGCUGUUUAGUUCUCUGAGAAGGAAAGUAGAGACGAUUUAAUCCUACUGGUUUUCGUUCUUCUUUUGUUAUCUUUAUAGUUAAAGAUCUGGCAUAGAUAGGUUCUACACAAAAGUUCACUGAUACAUGUGUAAAAGUAAAAAAGUUUAGCUUAAGCGCUGCCGCAUCCUUGUACAUCCAGCACAACGGCUUUCCCGUGCGACCAAGUCAUUUACUUGCUACAGUCCCUUAUCAGGAAGUAGGUUUUGUUAUUAAAAGUGAAGUGGUAAACGUUUCCGUUGAAAGGUUUUUUUGUUUUUAAAUUUGGAACUUACCUUCAGUUUUAAAAUACUUUUUUGACUUAUUUUCCAGAUGUGGAGCGCUUAUAACGGGCAUUAAAACACAGCGUGAUAACAAUUAUUGCACUUAAGCAGUCUACUCGUAUAAUAAACUUACAUCAUCUACAUAGUUUGCAAUUUUAAAUUGUGUUUGGUUCUGUUCCAAAACGUUUAUCAGUAAAGACUAGAAAAAGGUAGAUGGCCUAUAUCUGGAAUAUUAUUUUUAUCUAUAAUAAGACAGCAGACCUACAAAAUUGGGGCAAUCAAUGGCCUAACAGGUGACUUUGUAAAUAUUAAGUAUAUCUGUAUAUGCAUGGUACCGAAUUUGCCGAACCGUCGGUUAAGCCAAAAAUACGCGGACCGGACCCCCAGGCGUUUAUAUUCAUAUUUCUUGACUGAAUGGACGAUUGUCAGCUCCUUUUAAAGUAAGAUACUUGUAUUAAGAUCAUAAUUUGAAAUCAAUAAGGGAAAGUAGAGCUUUUAGAGUUCCUUUUCUCAAUUAUCUUAAUUACAAGUGUAAAACUAUAACUCGAAUGUUUGGUUUCGUUUCAAAAGUAGACAUGAUCUAAUGCCACGCAGGAUUGCCAGGUAGUCUCAACUGAGGCACUAAUGUCAAAACCAGUGCAAAACCAGGACAAACAGCCAGCAGGCAUUUUUGAUAAAGGAAAACAAUUCUUUCUCAUGUUUAAGUAUGAAAUAUUCAAUCUCGGCUUCCCUAGGACAAAAACAUUGCCAUGAAAGUACCCCUUGAGAACGGAGUUUUAAAAGAGAAUCUUUGAGUUAAAAUAACUAUUUCUUUGACAGUUAGAUAACUUUGUCUAAAAACAACUGUUAUCUUUUUUUUAACGUUAACUCAAAUCAGGUUUUAGUCAGCUGUUUUUCAUUUCAUUUCAUUUCUGUGCAAUUUUUUGCCCAUUAUACCUAACAGGGGAAAAGAUGGCUAAGUAUAGUUACGUAUCACAUAUAUGUUGUUUAGCUGUCCAAUAACGUAUAAAAUUCAGUACAGAGAUAUUCAGAGGGAUUAAUCGCUUAUCUCUUUAUUACUUUUUUAAAAAUAGGGUCUAGCUGAACGAAACCGAGACAGGUUAUAGAGAAGCUUGCUUACGCAGCUAAGUAAAAAUUUGGAAAAGUGAAGUUUUGCGGGUUGCUUUUCCAACUGAAAACGACUUUCUCCAUGCUGGGACCGAGUCAUUUACUUCCUUAUCAGAAAGGCCACUGAACCCCAAGUAGGCCAUGGAUCAACAACCUUACAUCUCCAUCUCUUCUGUCUUGACCUAUAUAUCCAUACUAGUUCAAUUGCACAUAUACUCUUCUUCAAGUCAAGUUCAACCUUCGCCAGAUGUUAAGUCUACUCAUCCAUGCUGCCCUCUCUUUCUCUUGCCCUGGGGGCUCCAUUUGAGAGUCUGCCUUGUGAUCUUGGUUGUAGUAAUCAUUAAUAAACGGUGUGGCCAAUUCUCUCCCACUUUCCACUCAUGAUCAGUCUUGUGAUUUGCUCUUGACCCAUCUUUCCCAUAAUGCCUCGUUUAGCCCACAUUGUCUUUUCAGACACUGUCCGUUCAUCUAAUGUUCAUUAUCUGUCUAAGAUACUGGUUGACAAAGACCAGUUCGUAAAGUUCACUUCGUUUAUUUCCACGUCCUCUGAGAUUUAAAGUAGAACUGAUUUGACAUUGGAGUUCAAGAUCCCCAGCUUUCUUUUUUACGAAACACGGGAGGAUCAAGUCAUUUACAAAAAAUUGGAUAAGUUCAUAUUAUCCUAUCUAUGAAAUUUGAAGUCAGGUCCCAUUCGAAAGAAAGUAAGUUUGAAGGGUUAGAUAAACAGGGGCAACCAACGACGGUUUCCUCCUCAGGCAUUGAAAACACUUUAGGCUCUCCAGAGUACUUUUAGAUCCCAAGAAAUGCAUUAUAAGCGGCGCUAUAAAAUAUGUAUCUGUUCAGUAAUCCUAGGGCAACUUGAGUCCUUUCGAAGUUACAAGGGCUUCAUUAUUAUUUUCUAGAAAAUUUAGAUGCAAUUUUAAAGGUUUACGAAAGUGAGGAUUUUUCUUAUUCCUCUCUCCAUCGCACUUUCGAAUCCGAAAAUUUUAGGUUUCCUUUUUUUCAACGAAAAAUGGCCUACCUGGGAAGUAAAACGCGAAAAAUUUAGUUCAGAAAUCUUAGGGAAUUUAUAAGAUGACCUUCGAAAAUUGUACAUGAAUGGAGCGGUCAUCUAGAAAUUUUUAGCCUUCCCCAAGCUAUUAAUAGAAAGUUCUAGGCAAUUUUUGCUUCUCCGAACAGGUGUUUUACAGAAAACAGUCGUUGGGUGUCCCUGGAUAACUAUUAAUGGUUUUACGAUAAAUGUAAUUCGGGUAAAAUUGUAACCCUUUUCAGUUGUAACUUUUUCCAUUAUGCUGUGAUGGGGAAAGAAGGUUAAUAACCGGAAUUUCAUAACGCUGGCUUGAUAAAAAUUAAUUAUCGCAGUACUAAUUCCGCAGUCUGCUAACUCGCAGUAUAGUCGGCUUAGUUUUCUAGGUCAGCUUGAUUAUAAAGUAAGGUUGAUUGGAUCCGUUGAAGAACCAGUAUUACUCAAGACUAGAUAAAGGCAUGGCUAAUAAGUGGAAAAUUGUUACUAUUUUUAAUUACUUUAUUGACUUUAUCUUCGACAUGAAGAUUUCAGUACCAAAACAAUCAAUAUACAAUGACAAAUGAAACAAAGUAAAAUAAAAGUUAAGUAAGAAAGAAAGGAGCAAAUGAAUAUUAUCAUAAAAGAAAAAAUACUUAGCUAUGUACGGCUUCUACGCUACUCGUGUGGUGAGAAAGUUUAAUUAAAGUUCCGAUGCAUAACAAUUUAGAAUAUUUUCAAUAUAAGAGGCAUUGAGGUUUAUGAUGUUUUCAUCGCACAUAGACAUGAUACAUAAAAACAGUGCCUUGCAAGACAUGUUCGUAAAAUUACUGUUUAUCGAGUAUAUGCUUUCCAAAAGGAUACCCCUUAUAUGAGAAAGUGAUGAGUGGGUACAUUUCAACAAAUAGUGGAAUUUUUAAUUACUAGAAAGUGGGCCUAUAAAAUGUAGGGGCGAUAUGCCCAACCAGAUGUUAAGCCUGUAACGGUUCCAAAAACAUUUAUUGAACAGACAACGAUUGAGCUCCAAGGAGUUUAUAUUCCAUCUAUUCAUCAUCUGAAUGGAAGUUUGUCUGCUCUUUUCAAAUGAAACAAAAUUGUAUUAGGAUAAUUCUUUGCUCUGAACAAGGAGAAGUAGAAUUCUUAUAACCUUGUUCUAAUUAUCUGGUUGUAAAAGGGUCACCUAAAUUUAUGGUCGGCUUUUCUUUGCUGAAACAUCUUGAGGUCGCGGGAGUGGAUCUUCCCACGCCCUAAACCUUUGAAGUCUUCAGUUCAGUCUAGUCUAGGUCAUUCAGUCAGUUUAGGUAUUAAAUGAUUAGAUAACAAGGUAAUUGGCAAAAAAUGGUUUUACUAGAGAGGAGUAACUUAUUUUGUCAAGACAAUCGUAUCGUUUUCUGAAGAGGGUUAAGAAACGGCUUAGGCUCUGUUUGUCUUCUUGACGGAGGAUAAAAGUUAGGAAUCGACAUGGUCUUAACGUUAACCUGGGAUCAGGCGUUAUUUUGUUUGCUUCUUUGCUCCUUUGGCUUGAGGAAAAAAAAACAGAUUACAGAGAUAAAGGGAGAGGGCAUGAUCGCAGGCUAUCUUAACGUAAAAUCAUGAGAGAGAACCCUACGGCUGGACACGAGCAUUCACUGUAGCAUCUUUUGAAAAGUUUAUAUGGAUUUUGUUUCACUAAAGUAUCUUUUCUUCAAAGAUUGAAUACGUCGAGUGUAGGAGUUGCUUCGAAAUUUCGAGCUACAAUGUUACUCCUUGAAUUCUCAUUGGGUUUUCCAAGUUAACAGAGAUACCCCUUAGGUUGAUAACGGUCGAUACAAUGACAUAAAAUUUGAGAAAUGGAAAGAUUUUUAAUAGUCUGGAAUUUCAGUGUAAUAACAAACUUCGACGGUUAAUGCCAUUUCACCUUAUGCGUCUUCAUUACUUCUUGUAACAUUUGAAUGAAUUGUGUCACCAGUAAAAAAGACUGUAUAAUGUGAUCAAUUUGGUUUUCUUCUUUGAAAGUAGCUCAGAUCUUGUGUGCAGUCAUCUGACUGCAUAAACAUGAGUCACCUGAGAAAAAAUCACUCUAAGGCCUCGGCCAAACGUCUAACUUUUCAUGAGACGAACCAAAUUCUAAUUUGGGUCGACCUAAAUUAAGGUAAGAUCGCCUGUUGGAUUAGACCUCGAACUUAGGACUCGUCGAACAAAUCAAAUGAACCAGACCAAACAGCAAUUUUAAUAAAUUUUCUCCCGAACGAGCCUAAAUGAUCAUUAUCAUACAAAUUUUUAAUUUAUCAGUUUUGUUCGUCGCAUGUGAAGAUCGAUGUUUUUGCCAGAGAUGAUCUUCAGACGUUAUAUCUAUCUGAAGCAGACGGACAGAACGUGUUGGACGAUCCAAACUCAUUCAGGCGAACUUAACCCGCCCCAAGACUUCGAACUUUCAUGAACUUAACCCACUACGUUUGGUUCGACUCAUGAAAAGGUCGUCGUUUGGCGCUGGCCUAACUGAUCACCUUGAACAGUUUUUUUUUUCAGUGCGAUUCUCCAUGUUUUACGAGUAGUAAGGUGCUAGUUGACUUGAUAUUUGGAUGUUGACAGUCGAACCAGUGCAGACUAAUAUAAUGUCCGUUUUGAAAAGUUGCCAUGAAUUAAAUUGUGGCAUGCAUCAAUGUAAAAAUUUCGACAACGCAACUUGAACCAGCAUAAAGUAGGUAUUUUCAUUAAUUUUAUUGUGCGUGUGACCGUCAAGUGAAAGAUAAUCAUUUCGUCUAAAAUCAAAAUUCAUUUUUUACGAGAUAAUACUGAGGUGAUUCAGACUUUGACUGAUAAAAUCUGUUAACUUUUAUUAUCGAUUUAUUGCAUACAACAACUAAGUCAGCAGUUUAAUUUUUCAUGAUUUUUGUCCAAUAAUAUUGUCACACUCGACAAACUCAAUCAUACCCGUGCGAUAUGAUUAGCUAUAUAUAGCUUGCCAUAUUCCUGUUGUAGACUGAAUGACUGUUUAGUCCUCUGAAAGGGAAAGUAGAGACGAGUUAACCUUAUCUGGUUUUGUUCUUUUUUUUUGUUCAAUAAUAAUAAUUAAAGAUCUGACAUUUUCCAGAUGUGGGGCGCUUAUAACCGGCAUUAAAACACAGCGUGAUAACAAUUAUUGCACUUAACUAGUCUACUCGCAUAAUAAACUUACAUCACCUACAGUUUUCAAUUUUAAAUUGUGUUUGCUUCUGUUCGAAAACUUUUAUCAGGAAAGACUAGAAAAAGGUAGAUGGCCUAUGUCUGGAAUAUUAUUUCUAUCUAUUACAAGACACUAGCAGGCCCUAUAAAAUUGGGGUAAUAUGCCCUAACAGGUGGCUUUGUAAAUCUAGUGGAAGGUACCCAAUUUGCCGAACCGUUUAGUUAAGCCAAAAAACGCAGAGCUGACCCUCAGGCGUUUAUAUUCAUUAGUAUUUAACUGAAUGGAUGUUUGUCAGCUCCUUUUAAAUUAAAACACUUGUAUUAAGGUAAUAAUUUCAAAUUAAUAAGGGAAUGUAGGGCUCUUAGAGUUCCUUUUUUCAAUUAUCUUAAUUAAAAGUGUAAAACUAUAACUCGAAUGUCCGCUUUCGUUUCAAAAGUAGACAUGAUCUAAUGCCACGCCGUAUUGCCAGGUCGUCUCAACUGAGGCAUUAAUGUCAAAAACGGUGCACAACCAGGACAAACAGCCAGCAGGCAUUUUUGAUAAAGGCAAAAAAGUCUUUCUCAUGUUAAAGUAACAAAUAUUUAAUCUCGGCUACCCGAGAGCUAAAACCUUACCAGUAAAACUACCCCUUGAGAACAGAGAUUUCUCACAACAUCGUACGUGUAUAAUGACUGACAGACUUAAAAGAGAACCUUUGAGUUUUAGAAUGAUGAUUUAUUUGACAAUUAGAGAGAUCUGAAUAAUGAAAACUUUUAACUUUUUAACGUUAAUUCUAAUCAGCUUUAAGUCAGCUGUUUUUAUUUCAUUUAAUUUCUGGGCAAUUUUUUACAUAUUAUACCUAAUGGCGUACAAGAUUCACAUGACUAAGUAUAGUAGAGUAUCACAUGUGAGUUGUUUAGCUGACCAGUAACGUAGAAAAUUCAGUACAGCGAUUUUUAGGUGAGUUAAUCACUUAUCAUUUUAUCGCUUUAAAAAAAAUAUGAGGUCUAGCUGACCGAAAACGAGACAGGUUAUAGAGAAGCUUGCUCACACGGCUAAGUGAAAAUGUGGAAAAGUUAAGUUUUUCGCCGGAGUUGCUUUUCGAACUAAAAACGGCUUUCUACAGUUAGGCCACUUAACCCUAAGUCGGCCAUAGAUCAACAACCUUACAUCUCCGUAUUGGCUCAGUUGUACAUCAGCUCUUCUUUAAGUCAAGUUCAACCCUUUCAGUGCCAAAUGUCUUAAGUCUACUCAAUGUCAUGCUGCCCUCUCUUUCUGCCCUAGGGUCUCCAUUGUGAUCUUGGUUGUAGUUUUCAUUAAUAAACGGUGUGGCCAAUUCUCCCCCAUUUUCCACUCAUGAUCAGUCUUGUGAUUUGCUCUUGACCCUUCUUUCCCAUAAUGCCUCGUUUGGACUGACCUUUUCUUUUUAAACACUGUCUGUUCAUCUGAUGCUCACUAUUAGCCUAAAAGACCGGUUCGGGUAAAUUUCGCUUCGUUUUUCUCCAUGUUCUGUGAGAUUUAAAGUAGAACUAAUUUGACAUUUGUUUUGAAGUUCCCCAGAUUUCCUCCUCUUGUAAUAACACGGGAGAACCACGUCAUUUACAAAAAAGAUUAAUGACUUCAUUUGAUCUUGCCUAUGAAAAUUUGAAGUCAGGUCCAUUCGAAAGAAAGUAAGUUUGAAGGGUUAGAUAAUUAAUGGUUCAACGAUAAAUGUAAUUCGCGAUAAAGAGUAAAAUCGUGACCCAUUUCACUUGUAACUUUUUUAGCAUGCUGCGGUGGCUAUGAGGUUAUUAACGGGCAUUUAAUAACGCGAGCUUGAUAAAAAUCAUCGCAGUACUAGUUCCGCAGUCUACUCGCAGUAUAGCCGGAUUACUUUUCCAGGUUUAAUUAUGAAACAAGGUUGAUUGGAGCCGUUGAAGAACCUGUAUUACACAAGACUAUAUAAAGGCGUGGCUUAUGUGUGGAAAAUUAUUAUCUUUAAUUACCACAAAGUGGGCCUAUAAAUAGGCUCUACAUGCCCAACCAGAUGCUACUGUAACAGUUCCAAAAAAAGUUAUUUAAUAGACAACGAUUGAGCCCUCAGGCGUUUGUAUUCCAUCUAUUCAUCAUCUGAAUGGAUGUUUGUCAGCUCCUUUCAAUUGAGGAAAAACUCGUAUUAUAGUAAUUCUUUGAACAGAACAAGGGGAAGUAGAACUUUAAUAGCCUUGUUCUAAUUGGAUCUGGUCGUAAUUGAUGGUCGGCGUUUCUUGAAAACAUCUUGAGGUCGCCGGAGUGGACCAUCGCCACGCCCUAAAACUUUGAAGUAGUCAGUUUAGUCUUCGUCAUUCAGUCAGUUUAGGUAUUAAAUGGUUAAAUAACAAGGUAAUUCACAAAAAAGGCUUUACUAGAGAAGAAUAACUUAUUUUCUCAAGACAACCUUAUCGUUUUCUGAAAAGGCUUUAAAAUAGGGCCAGGUUCUGUUUGUCUGCCUGUCUGAUGGAUAUUUUGGAAUCGACAUUGACCAAACGUAAAAUCAGAAGAGAGAGCCCAACUGCUGAAGACAAAAUAUUCACUGUAGCAUCUUUUGAAAAAUUAAAUCGAUGAUGUUUAAUUACAGUAUCUUUUAAGAUUAUUAAAUCUUGAAAGACUGAAGACGCUGAAUGUGCGAGUUGCUCUAGUUAUUCCCCGACUUCUCAUUAGUUUUUCCAAGAGCCAACAGAGAUACCCCUAAGGUUAAUAACAACUGUUAGUUCUCUACCAUCAAUUCCAUGUCAUAAAAUUUAAUUGAUGGAACGAUUCUUAUUAGUCUGGAAUUUCAAUGUAAUCACCAACUUCGACAGUCAAUAUCAUUUCACCUCAUGCCGGCACUUUCUUACUUCUUGUAAAAUUUGAAUGAAUUGUGUCACUAGUAAAAAAACUGUAUGAUGUUAUCAUUUUGGUUUUCUUCUUCGUAAGCAGCUCAUGUCUUUGUGGUCAGCUGACUGCACAAACAUGAGUCAACUGAGAAAAAGACACUCAAAUUGAGAUCACCUAGCCAGAACUCUUCGAUUCUUCAUGUUUUACGAGAAGUAAGAAAGUGCAAGUUUAAAUGAUAUUGACAGUCGAACUUGGUUGUUGAAAUCUUUUCAGACUAAUAUACGGCCCCUUUUCAAAAACAUGACUUUGUAAAAAUCUCUCCAGCUUUCAAAUGUUAUGAUCUUGAAUCCAUGAGAGAGCAGAAACAAUUCUAAGGAAACGUACCUAACGAAAAGUAAUCUACUUUUAUUGGCACUUUAUUUCGUGGGUACUUAAUUUGGCGAUUUUGACGCGGGGUUUUCGCGGGCUUUAUUUUCGCAAUUUCAAUAGGCAAAUAAAAAGAAGGGCUUUAAAAUUAGCGAUUCAAGCUUUCUCAACUUGAGUCUAUUUUUCAAAAAGUCUAAAUUUUUUUUUAAAUUUCUAGAUUAACUCAACAACAAGCAAUCUGUGAAUCUUUGCAAAUAAGCGCUAUUUCACAACAAGAGUAAUUUGUGUAGUUAUAUGUUUUUGCAAGAGCCAUAAUAUUAUGGCUCUUGGUUUUUGUUAUUACAUGUGAAACAUUUUUUCUGUGAUUUGAAUUUUUCAAUUUUUUCUCUUUUUUUUAUCACGGGUCUUUAAUUCAGCGAUUUUUUAGACCGACGAAAUUAAGUACCAAUAAGGUAAGUAGGGCUCAUAACAAAUGUGUGUUUUGUUUUGGUUUUCUUUUGUUUUCAUUUCAACAGUCCGCAGUUUUGAACAAGGCCUAACUUGUCGGUUUAAACUCCAAUAUUGAACAGCAACAAAAACUGAAUCCAUGAGUUUAUCAUAUGGUCAUCGUCUGAUUUUAUAUAUUAAAACCCUCAUAUUUGACGCAUUCAAAAGUCGUGUGGCUGUGUGCAUGGGCUUCAGAUAAGGACCAAAUUAAAGAAAAAGGGGGGCGGGAUGGGUAAAAGAUUCAAAUACUACCGCAGACAAUCAUUCAGAUGGAACACGAUCACGGGCAGGUCAUCCGCAAACAAACGAAUAUUGUAACCAACUUGUGGAAUGUAGACUGCACUCAAAACCUUUGGUACCGCCGGGUUGUGCAAUAUAACCAGAAAAGAGGGUGGAAAAAGAAAAUAUAGUUAAGCUGUUUUCUAAAAGAUCAGAGGCAUUUUUGUGGCCAUUCCAACUGAACAAGAUUCUAUCACAGUUCUAGAAAACCCAGUUAAAUCCUGGUUAAAUAAGUAGGGAGUGAAAUCCUACGAAGAAAAAGAAUAUUAAGAUACAUUGUCAGGUAGUAGCUUAUAUAUGACGACGCGAAGGCGUAACCCUCAACUAAUCUGUAAUGAGCUUACAAUGACUGUGAGCUAUAAGAUAAACCAACUGGCCCUGCCGCAGGUUUAAGCCCACUUUAAACACAGUGCCUUUAUAAUCUGGUUAAAAUAAACUGACAGCAGGAACAAUUUUUCGUGUGUAUGAAAGGCACGGUAAUCUGUUUCUUAUUUCAAUCUGUUGUGUUCAUGCGGUAGACUUCCCGUCGCUGUGAAAUGAAGUGUAUAUUUAGCACGUACAUGUACUUCAGUCCUCCUCGAAAGCAUCCCCGGUGAUAUAUUUGAUUUACGAUAGAUAACUAUUUUUGGUGCUUCCGCGACUAGCGACUCGCAUCAAAUUCACAAUUUGGAAAGUCGUUUAUGAUAUUUGCAAAACUAGAUAUAAUGAUCGAGCCUCUCAAUUACGAAAAAGAGGUUGCAAGUAAUGUGUUCAUUUCCAUCUCAAAGGAUAGCACCAUACGAAUUUUUGUGGUUUUUCUUGAUCAUUAUUCAUCUGUUAUCCCCGUCUAGUCUGUUUCAAGAGAAACAAACAAAUAUUCCUGUAAAACGUUGAGGUAGUAUAUAAUCAAUUUAAUCUGAAGUAAGUCAUCUAGGACCCUUCCAGCAGGAAAUAUUCUCAACCAAUGAUGAACGUUUUUGUACCCUAUGGGAUUAAUCACCACAAAGCCUUCCUUUAGAAUUCCUUUCACAUCACGAAAACAUGAAAGAGUUGCCAAUGCAGAUGCGUGAGUGGGCAGAAUUUCAAGAGAGUUUUAGGCCAUUGUUAUCGCUAUAUCUAUUUGUUCAAUGAAUGAGUAAUACUUUUAAUUGUUCAAGGAUGAUUCGCCCGGACAAUGCACUUUUUUGAAGUCACGUGAAAAGGAAUUUUGUGGUUAAAAGAGCGGUUGUUGACUAUAAACUUCAUUGUUUUUCCGUUGUUUCAUGCGGUCAGCGACUGACACCUUUUCUCCUCUGGGGGUAGGACCUUCAAAAUAAUUGGCUUAAAAAAACAAUGAUUGCAUGAUGUCACGCAAGUAAAAACCACAAAUCGCUAUAAACUGACAAAAUGUUGACACUUCAUAAAGAUAUUAGAGCUACUUAAAGAAUUCGCGUGAAUUUUGGAUGAGUUUUCACUAUUUAGAUUUUCAUAAACAUUAAAUAAAACACACAUAGCACAAAUCAAGUGAUUCUCUAUCAAGAUAUAUUAAAACCAAAACGAGACUUCGUAGAAUAUUAAUUUCGAUGUAGUAUAUUUUCGGAGAAUAAUAUUACAUUCCUUCAGAAAUUAGCAUUGGAAUAGCUGGUCUCUAUGGAGAUGGUGUCAAUUAGAUUGUCACAUUUCCUGUCCGUUAGACGCCCUGUAGUGUUUUCAAUGUCCCAAGGGACCUUUAUCUAUUUCUUUAGUCACUCAACGCAUGAGACAUUCAAGUCGGUUUUCUAGAACCGAUGAAGGCAUGCCCACAACGCGACUUGUACAACUUCAAAUGAAUCGAAUUCCGUCGUUUUAUUGCGUGAAAAGGGAGCAAAUGGAUAAUAAGUCAGUGGAUGAAUUGACCAUUAAGUGGUAAAAACAACUUCCCGACUAAACAAAUCACGACCAUUAAUUGCUUUUUACUUGUCAUGUUUUCGCCGUAAUUGUUUUCCUUUUUUCUUUCACCCAGGUGAAACGCAUCCAUCAAGCACAAAAUGCAGUUAACUUCGCUUUUGACCUUGCUCGUCUUACUUUGUUAUCCAGUGGACACCUAUGGUAAAGAACUUUUAGGAGAAGAAGAAAGUUUGGAAAGUAAUAAACAAUUUUCUUUUGAAGAGAUUGACAGGCGCGGGCGGCAAGGCCGUCCUAUUUCUCAAAUCUUGGACGUUAAACCAACCUAUUCAAUGGAAUUUCGUUCGCCUAAUAAGAAAGACAUUAAAUUCACCAGUGAUAGAAUUUAUCAAGGAACAGUAAAAGAACUUUUGUCGCCCCAGUCUGAUAUAAAAUGUGACUUGAAAAUGGGAGUUUAUGCCCAUGAUGAGAGCCGCGAAGUUCAAUUUGUGAUCACAGAGGGAAACGAAGGAGGAACCUAUUCUGUCAGCGCGAGACGAGUCAAAGAUUUUGUUUUUAUGGACCUUAAAACAGCAACAGUCUUAAAUUAUGAAGGUGUUGGAAAUCAUUUGCUCACUGUUGUGGCACAAGAUCCGACCACUAAAGCGACGUUUGAUAGCACUCAAGUAAAUGUUAGCAUUAUAGAUGUCAAUGACAAUCCACCGAUCUUUGAUCGUCACUUUCAGCAUGUCACGGUAGAUGAAGACAUCCCUUUACACACUUCAGUUGCUAAAGUGGUGGCUUCGGAUGCAGACAUUGGCCCCAAUGGAUGGCUUUAUUACUCUUUCACAGAAAAAUCUUCUCUUUUCGCUAUUGACCCAGUUUCUGGUGUUGUCACGUUGACUCGAUCACUGAUCGGAAGAAAAAGAAGAAGUUAUCAACUUUUUGUCACAGCGCGAGAUCGUUCUUUGCACCCUUCAAUACCGACUUCUACGAAAUUUAAUCAUAAUAUAACUAUCACUGUACAACCAGUUAACAGGUUUUCGCCAAAGAUCAAAGUAGUAUCACAGCUUGAAAACGUCGUACAGGGGAAACCAAUUUUUCGUUACGCGGUUAUUCGCAUUUCCGAUCAAGAUAACGGGAGAGCCGGUGAAAUAAACGAGGUGCAAAUUACAUCGGGAAACGAAACGGGCAAUUUUGGAAUUCGACGCUCAGACGAAGAACAGAAUGACUUCAUAAUCGAUAUUGUUAAGCCACUUGACCUUGGAAAAGGGACUGAUUUAAAGUUAGUUUUGACUGCCUUUGAUAAAGGCAACCCGCCGCGAAACGGAACGGUAAUGUUACCUGUUGUAAUAAAGAAUGCUCAUAACAUGAAACUAGCAUUUCUCCAAAGCAAGUACGAAGCCAAGAUUUCGGAACUUGCACCACCACACUCCUCUGUCGUUCGUGUACUUGCAGGAAAUGGUCAGUCUGGGAAAAAUCGCCACUUCAAUUAUGUUUUGGUAGGAGGCGAUAGUGACAGUUUUAAAAUUAAUCAUGACACUGGCCUGAUCACAACCACUUCACACCUUGACUAUGAAACAAAACAGCUGUACAAAUUCCAGGUGCAAUCACUUGAUGCUGGAAUCCCAAGGCAGAUGGCUAGUGUAGAAGUUUCUGUUGAAAUUGAGGAUGCUAAUGAUCAUGACCCUGAAUUUGAUGAAUUAUCGUACCAGUUUGAAUUUUUUGAAGAUCAGAGACCAGGGGCGAAACUGCUGACCAUCACUGCAACUGAUCAUGAUUCUGGUGACAAUGGAAAGAUUCGCUACUCUCUCACAAAUACUGAAAAUGUUCCAUUUGCCAUUGACCCUGAGACAGGUGACAUUACAACACUCACUUCCCUUGAUCGAGAUACAGGUCUACAGGAACAUAUAACAUUAAAGGUGCGGGCAUCUGACUUCGGGAAACCAUUCCGAAGAGAGACAGAGACUUAUGUGCACAUACGAAUCAAAGCUUUGAAUGACAACCUGCCUGUGUUUCAAUAUUUUAAGUGCAACAUACAGGUUGCAGAAAAUGCUCCGGUUGGAACUUUGUUAACUACUCUGACUGCUGUUGACAUUGAUAUUGCAGUAUCAGAUGCAUUGUUGUAUGCAAUUGAGUCUGCUGGGAACACUGACAAUACAUUUAAGAUCGACCCGGCCAGUGGAGAGUUGAAAACAGCUAAAUCUCUUAUUGGAGGUGUCAAGGAGUUUUCUUUGUACAUUACUGUCACUGACUCUGUUCAAAAGUCAAAGUAUCCAGUGACUGUGAAAAUCAAGGUUGUUGCUGGCGAGGCUGCUGUUGGAUUUUCCGAUCAUGUGAGAGUGCAAUACUCAGUUUUUCCAGAAUACAUCAAAGCUAAAGAGAAGAUUAAGCAACAGGGCAACUUAAAGCCCUCUGUUAGUUCCAAUGACAAAGCAGCUCCCAAGCCACUGAACCAGCACUUUCCAGAAUUUCAGGUGCACAAUGCUUUAGUCAAUGUAAGUGAAGAGGUCAGUAUUGGUUCUUCUCUGAUAAAGCUAACAAGCACUGACAAGGAUCAAGGCUUCAAUGGAAUGGUACUGUAUUCCAUAGUCAGUGGUAACAUUGGAAGUGCUUUCAACAUAAACAUGCAAACUGGAGAACUUUAUGUUGAAUCACCACUGGACCGAGAAACAAUGUCUAAAUAUUCUUUGAACAUAUCAUCCUCAGAUUGUGGCUCUCCACGUAAAACAGCUUUUACAAAAGUCACUGUUAUUGUGGAGGAUUCUAACGAUAACUCACCCAUCUUUGACAAAAACUCUUACAGUGUAGAACUGCUUGAGAAUGUCACCAGUGGACAAACUGUUGUAUUGGUGAAUGCAACAGACCCAGAUGAAGGAAAGAAUGGCGAAGUCACCUAUAAAAUAGUGAACGACUAUGGUGGAAAGUUUCGCAUUGAUUCAACGUCAGGACGGAUUUCUGUGGCAUCAGUCCUUGAUUAUGAAGAUAGUACUAAAUACAUCAUUGAAGUGCAAGCAUUUGAUAAUGCUCUUCUAUCUCAGAAGAUGACCUCCACUCUGGUAAUUGUAAACUUGAUUGACAUAAACGACAAUGCACCAGUUAUUGUUCCACAAAAUGCUAAUGUGUCAAUUCCAGAAGACAUACCACUUGAUAGUGUUGUAGCAACAGUUUCUGCUCAAGAUCCUGACACAGGUGCUGGGGGAGAACUAGAAUUCAAGCUGCUUAAUAAUGUAAAGAAAUUCAAGAUUGAUCUUGAUAGUGGUGUGAUAAAGCUGCGUAGAAGGGUUGACUAUGAAUCUAAGAGUGUAUACAACUUGACUAUUAAAGUCAGUGACAAAGGAGUGCCACAGUUAAAGUCUUAUGCAAGUGUUAUAGUGAAUAUCCUUGAUGUGAAUGAGAACAGCAUUGUUCCUGCAUUUGUCGGUGUGACUAGCCCUCUCAUGUAUAAAGAGGUAAAUGUUCUUGAGAACCAACCUUCUGGUACAUUUGUUAUCAAAUUAAAGGCUAAGGAUCAAGACUCAUGGUUUAUACGUUUUGCCAUAAUUGAUGGUACAGGUAUUGACAAGUUUGAAAUGCAACCUCAAACUGGCAUCAUAAGAACAACACAAGUAAUCCAUCGUGCUGAUACAGAUCAUUACUGGCUUACUGUCCAGGCCAAGGAUUGUGAGAUUUAUCCACUUCAUACAAACAUCCACCUCUUGAUUCAUGUGAUGCCGACUAAAGUCGUUGCUCCUUAUUUCAAGCCUGCUGUCUAUUACCCCACUGUACAAGAAAAUGUUAGAGCAGGAGAGAGUGUGGUCUCCGUUACAGCUCACAAUCCAAAUUCGGAUGGAUCUCGAUUAGUUUACUCUAUUGUCAGAGGAGAUGACACUAGUAAAUUUGCUAUUGAUAAAGACACUGGCCUUAUUAUAACCACAGUACCUCUUGAUCGAGAAGAGAAAGACUAUUAUGAGUUAACUGUUCAGGUAUCUACAGACACAACCCCACCCCAGUUUGCCAACCUAACUUUCCAAGUCACAGUAACAGAUGCCAAUGACAAUGGACCUGAAUUUAUAAGGUACGGUGAUGAUGAUGGUUUUAUUUAUGUUAAAGAACGAGAAGCCUCAUCAUCUCCUGUUGAACUCUUCCGUGUUUUUGCAAAAGAUGAAGAUAUUGGCACCAAUGGAGAUCUUACCUACAGCUUUACUUCACUUGAGGGCAGUAGCAGGAAUCUAACCAUCAAUCCAAAGAGUGGUGUUGUGUAUUCAGAACAAGCAUGGACCUUAGAUGACUUUCUUGAUUUUGAAAUAAGUGUAACAGAUGGAGGAGUUCCUCAGAGAUCUGCUUACCUUUCUGGAUCUCUAAUCUUUGUAGAAAAAAAUCCACCAAGUUCUAACCCUCCACAGUUUGAAAAAGAAAUCUACAGAGUCACCAUCAAAGAAGAUUUUGAUGUUGGAAAAUCUGUUUUAUGGGUUUCAGCUGCUGACAGAGAUUAUGACUCUUUGUCAUAUUCUUUUCUAUCAGGAAACAUUGGAAAUAAAUUCCACAUUGAUAGCGACAAGAUUAUGCUUGCUGGUAAACUUGAUCACGAAGAAGUGAGUUCUUAUAAUCUAACUGUUGCUGCUUCAGAUGACCACCAUGUUGCCACAACAACUUUGAUAAUUGUCAUAGAAGAUAUCAAUGAUAAUGCACCACAACCGGCAAUGACUGAAUAUCAGGUACAUAUAUCUGAGGAUGCAAAACCAGGCACUCUUUUGACGAAAGUUGAAGGUAAGACUCUCUCUAAGGACCAGUGUUAUGUAUGGCAGAGUCCAAUACACAGGAAAAAUUAACAGAUUCCCAUUUUUGGAUAUUUUAGGGUAUUUAAAGAAUACCCACAAAAAUCCCAAAUUUGGAAGAGUGAGACAUGCAAGUACCAACAAGGGAACUUGGUUGGGAAUUCCCUGGUUGGGACUUGUCUCACUUUGCCAAACUUGGGAUUUUUAUCGGUAUUCUUUAAAUACCCUAAAAUAUCCAAUAAUGGGAAUCUGUUAUUUUUUCCUGUGAUAUUUACAGUCGUCCAGUUGUCAGCGACCAGAAUUCAAUAGUAACAACCAAAUCACAACACAUGGUUGCCCUAGGCCUCUGGAGGACUGUAAUACAAGCUGCCAACUUCUUUAACAUACACCUAAACUUAUAAUCAUAGGUCUCAGAAAUUUUUGUCAAACCAAACAAAUUGAGUCAAAAGCCAUAAAAUCUCAUGGAAAUCCAUGGCCUCAAAAAUUUCAUUCAUAGUGGAAGACUGACUGACCUUGGCUUUUGUUGUCUAGUGGCUGGAAUUCACCUUGAGUAAUGCGCAACCUGCUUUUAAAAUUAAUUAACAAUUAUUGGACGAGGUUGAGCAAAAUAUCAUGGUUUGUCUGUGGCGAGCAGAUCAAUUAUUUGCCAAAGCUGAAGGCUGAGGCAAAUAAUAAUUAUUGAUCUGCGAGACUCUGACAAAUCACAAUAUUUUGCUAUAACUGAGUUCAAUAAUGUUGUUUUAUCAUUCGAUCACCGAGUUUGUUUUUUUUAAUGAAUAUCCUUGGGAAGCGAAGCAAUCUGCCAUUUUCACUCAAGAGCGAUCGCAAGAAGGAGAAAAGCACGGUUUCCUUUACACAUGAGUAGAAUAUUAUUUGCAGCUAAACACAGUUGGACGGCAUUGCACAUGAGCGGACCAUUAUUAAAUAAUACAAAUUUUGUAGGCAGUUAUUUGCAGGUCACGUGGUGGGCUCUCGGCCAAUGAAAAGAAAGAAAAAUUUGCUUCGAAUGAUAAUUCUGGAUACUCUGUUCUUGCUUGCCCGGUCAAUGCAAUAAUUAUUAACAAUAUUAUUGUUGGACAAGGUUGAGCAAAAUAUCAUGAUUUGUCUGUGACGAGCAGAUCAAUAAUUAUUUGCCUAAACCAAAGGCUGAGGCAAAUUAUUGAUCUGCAAGACACUGGAAAAUCAUGAUAUUUUGUGAUAACUGAAUUCAAUGAUUGUUUUAUCAUUCAAUCCCCGCGUUUGUUUUUUUAAUGAAUAUCCUUGGGAAGCGAAACGAUCUGCCAUUUUCACACAAGAGCAAUGGCAAGAAGGAGAAAAGCACGGUUUUCUUUACGCAUGUGCAGAAUAUUAUUUGCAGGCAAACACAGUUGGACGGCAUUGCGCAUGAGCAAACCAUUAUUUGUAGGCAGUUAUUUGUAGGUCACAUGGUGGGCUCUUGGCCGAUAAAAGAAAGAAAAAUUUGCUUUGAAUGAUAAUAAUCAUUAUUUUUGAAUUAUUAUUAUUAUUAUUGUUAUUAUUAUCAUUAUUAUAUUUAUGCCUAUAUUUUAGUAAACUAUUGUUAUUAAUUGACUAAGUAAGGAUUGAUUCAUCUCCCUCGUAUUUGCCUUUUGGAAUUUUUUACUGUUCUUAAGCUUUUAAUUAUUAAAAAAUUCCUGCAAAUGAAAUGUAACAGACAAAGGUAUCAUAGCAAAUAAAUCCAUCCUAAAUUUGUUAUUUUCAUGUAAUUUACCAUAAUGCUCGAAUUAGCACUCAGCGUCAAAUUCACUGUAAGUUCCCACUUCAAAUAAGCACCCUCCUUGUAUUUGCUAAAAAUAUUAAGUGUGUUCCUUCAAAUUAGUACCGACUCCAUUCCACUCUUCCUUACCAACUAUAUAGCUAAUGGUAGCCUUCAGUUCAUUAAAAAAGUGUAGAACAUAGAAUCACCGCACAAUAACCUCUUUGCUGAUCACUUAAAUUUCUUAUUUAUUUGACAGCUGUAGACCCAGAUGACAUUGAACAAAAACGUGGAGUUGCCUAUGCUAUUAAUGGUUCAGUAAUUCCAAAGUCCAUGUCACUAUUCAAAAUACAUAGCAAGACAGGGGAAAUAAAGACCAUCAAAGCUCUUGACUAUGAAGACAUGAAGGAGCACAUCCUCAUAAUUGAAGCCAAAGAUGAAGAGAAGAAUGCAAGAACAAGCCUGUUUUCAGUUGUUAUUUCAGUUGAUGAUGUCAAUGACCACAAACCAGUGUUUCUGAAAUCAGAUUUUGAAGCUGAAGUCAAUGUUAACAGCAGCCCUGGCACAUCCAUCAUCAAGGCAUUCGCAUUUGAUGAAGAUGAUGGUACAAAUGCACUACUUAAGUUCUCUAUCAAGGGUGGUAAUAGAAAUGAAGCCUUUUACAUCGACCAGAAUUCAGGGAUCAUUCAAGUGGCCAAAAACUUAGACCCCACCUUCAACAAAUACACACUUCAAAUCCAUGUAUCUGAUAGUGGUAGCACAGCCAAGACUGCUGAGGCACAAGUUGAGGUGAGCCUAUAUUCAGUCACAUUGUUUAAGUAUAGCAUCGCAGGGAUAUGAGGAUGGUGAUGAUGUCUGGAACAUAAGUUCACCAGUAUCCUUGAAACCGGGGUACUUAACAAAAUUUGUAGCGGGAAACCACAGCAAAAGGGCUGAACCCGGUCUUUCCCCUUGAUAUACAGCAUAUUAUCAAGAAAUAAGCUUCUCAAAUACAUUGUACAUUGUAAAUUCCAUAGAAAAUGGUGUUCCUUUCAUUUAUCCACAGGAAAAAAACACUUGCCUGUUUCCUACUAACAUUACUUUCCAGUUGCAUCUGUUCCAAAUACUUGUUAACUUUCUCUAACUACAUAAACAUCAGUUGUCCAUACCCUUCACAUGUAAAAGGCACACGGAAGGAAAUGAGAGAGCUAAUUGCACUCACAUGAUCACUCGUGGCCCUCUCUGCUCACCGCUCGAAAUAGAGAGCUUUUUCGCAGCUUAUUUUCGACAGAGCAUUAUAUAUAGAAAGUACACGAAGCAUUAAACAUACAUUGUAUCCCCCCUUAGUCUACAGAAUUAUCAUUUGUGGGUUUACAAUGCUUAGAGGGUGACAGUGAUAGUAUUGGCCCCUUGUUGAUAGAUAAAAGCUGUUUAAAAAGAAUAAUUAAAUUGCAUUGCCAACCAGACUAAAUGUGUUUAAUUUUUUUUUUUUGAUAGAUAUUUGUGGCAGGAAUCAAGAGACCAGCCAUAUUUGAUCGCCCAUUAUUCCAAGCUUCAAUCACUGAAAAUGUUGGCCCUGGAUAUCCCAUAAUGAAUGUUGUGUUUAAUGGUAGCCUAACAUCUUAUGAUCUCGUUCCUAUGGAUAGUGCCUGUUGGAAGGAUUUUGAGGUGAAUAGAAAAUCUGGACUCAUCACAAACAAGGUAUGAACAGAUCAACCAUUACUGAACACAGUGUAGUGUCCAACUCAGUUAAGGAGGUGCCAUAUUUCACUUUUGCAAACCGGCAAAAAAGUGCUGCUCAUAGCCUAUAUUUAACAGGGCUCCAUGAUACCAGAAAAACCUUGUAAUCAUUGGCAACAGGGAUGAGUAUCUUUUUUUGCAGGCAUUGCAAGAGAGUUUUACCUUUCAUAACUUUACUAAACUAUCCAGAAAACUUGUUUAACUUUUUUUGUUCCAUAGUUUGUCACCAAAGCUAAAACCUCUCCAAAUCGGUAUCUAACUUACUUUUUUCGUCUGAAUCAACAUUAUCUAACUCAAAGGAAACACAUAGAACGUGAGUUUUUAUUGAAUAACUGUGAAGAAACCAAUUGUUAAGUAGUGAGAUGUUUGUGGUCAACAAGUGGUGUACAAUACUUCAUCAUUACGCAAACCAAGGUCCAAAGUCUGUACUCAGUGGUGCCAGACGUCAUCUUUUUAUGAGAGCGUCUGAAAAAAAAGCCUCGUGCUUCUCAGAGGGUUCCCUUAUAAAUCACCAUUUCAUUACAGUUUUAUUACAGAAGGGAAAUAUGCAGCCACUUUAAUGACGUCAAUUGCGCCAUAAAUUUCCAUUUUUUGACCUCCACGUACUCUAAGGUCUUGGCAACUGUAAGGGCGCUACGAAAUUUCUUCAAUUAGUAUUUUUUUCAUUCUAGUAAAUUAUUUAAACACUUUGGCUAGUACGUUAUGUUUUGAUUAAAAAAAUAUUAUUUUGGAGUUUCGGAAAUAAAAGUACCAAGGAAAUCCACUUACAAGGCAAUUUGAAUACAUGCUGUAAAUUCAGCAUUGCAAUCGUCAUAGCAUGUGCUGAGAGUCUGCGAAAGACAAAUGUAUCCGCACAUUUAAAAGAAGAAUUAGGUUAGGUAUACAUUACUAUGCUUAGGAAGUAUUCCCUCCACGCGGUUAAAUUACUGGAGGCGAUUCCGGUAAUAUGAGUGUAUAUUUACCAAGGAAAAUUGAAACUUUAUAAGUGCAACAGUGUUAUAUUCUCGUCCAACAUCCCGCAAUUUUUGUGGAAUUCUCUGGUGGUCUGAUUUUCGUUGCGUGCUGAGCAUGAAAUGUAUUAUGCAAGCGCGUUUCUGAUUUCUUGGAUUUUUUUUUUCAGUACAUUUUCUUUCAUAACUGAUUGUUAAACCCGUCUGUGAAAUGUUUUUCCAAAAAAUCUCCACAAUGUAGUAACUAAACUUCAAAAAGACGUAGUUUUGAUACUGUGAGAGAGACAUUUGGAGUGGUAAAAAAUAUUUGACAGUCCAGUCACAGUGUGUCAGUUUCGUUUCAUCUGACUUAAAUAAAGAUGUGCGGUAACUUCUUAGCUAUGUCUUCGCAGAAUCGAAAGAAACUGUUUCCGUUGUUGCAAACCUUCCGCAUAUUGGAUACAAAAUGUUAUUUUCAUUUGGUUGCUGUUCGCGUGAGUUUACACAUAUGCUUUCCGUGAUUAUAUAAAUAGAACAACUUAAUACUCUGUGCGUGAAUUGCACGAUAACUUUUUAUCCAGCUAUCUCAAUUACCGGACACGUACUGUUUCAAUUGAUGUGCACUAGAAGAAAAUGUCUUGGUAAAUUGUAUUUGCAAAAGAACUUCUCAACGAAGAUUAAAGCAACAAAGUACUGCUUUUUGAAAUUGGUAGGUUCGCGAAUGGUCACACGUGGUGAUUUCAUUCAGUAGGGACCACCCUGUUUGGCUUUCUGAUAAACAACAAAAGAAGUGUAUUUAGUGUCAAUGCUAUAGUAUAAAUGCGCUUCAAUGCGCUAAUUACCUUUUUUUCUGUCACUCGAGCGCGCCAUCUUAUCACGAAAACAAUUUGCACAAAACUGGGGGCGAGAGAGUGGCUGAACUUGGAACAGGGAACAGGCUACGCUAUAGAUGGAAUUCUACGUUUGCAGCAGAGUAUAGGUGCUCUAUUUUCUAUUCAGAAACCAGCGCUUGCUUAUCAUGACCCUGUCAAAAGUUUUUUCAACUUAAAAUUAAUGAUUUCAUCGACAUGACGUCCGCAGUCAAGGUUCAGUAAUUCUAUUCUUUGUAUUAUGUUCUACAAGAAAUGGUUGAAAUUGUUUCAUUUCAAAGUGACAGUUCUCUCGUGGCAUUGAGCGAAUUUCAUCAAUAACUUUCUGCCUGUGGUGCGUAGACGACGCCAUUUUUCGUCUUUAUUUCUUCAGGGUCGUAAAUUUACGGCAACUGUUAAUGAAAUCAAAGACCAUUGCACUUAUGAUAGGUUUUUGUUUCCAAAUCUGUUAUCCUCUUUAAAAAAUGUAGCAAAUCAGUUCGUGACUUGUUAACAUAUACUAAGGUUAACCUUUGACCUCCUUAGUCCGUGGUUUUGUAUUCUUUCUGCGAUCAAAUAUUUCGUGAGGACGCCAUAUGGACUAUAUGCCCCGCCCGGCGGGUACAAUGCAAAGAAGAACACUCAAGAAGAAAAAAUGGCAUCUAGUUUGUUUAGUUUGCAUUUAAACUGCUAUUUAUGUAAGCUGAAUUUUCAGUGCUUUGUCAGAUCACUUAGCGACAUGGAAGCUUCAUUUUUUUUAAUGAAACUUAAACUCCUUCAAUUUAAACCUAUAUUCAAUGCUUCAUAACUUUCCGAAAGACCAUCGCGCAAGGCAAAAGCUUUAAGACGAAAUGUAUAGUACUUCAAUAAAUUCAACGUGGUUUAAUUGCAGCUGCAUAUAGCGCUCGCAUGAACCCAAUGAUUAUUUUUAUUGUUUGCAAGCUCAAAUACAAUAAAAGUUUCCUAAUGACUGAUGCGAUGGCCAUACGUGUGGCUGCAAGUAAACCCAUCGGAAUGCUCAAUAAAGUCAUAACACUACCUCAUACAUGACAAAAACUACAUGAUAAAAAAGAUACGUAGAUUAUGUAAAAAAAUUAAAAUGAAGAAAAUGAAAAAAAAAGAAAGAAAAGAAAAAGAUUCAAUACUAGCAUCAGCCAGUAGGAAUCUUUUAUUGUACUCUUGUUUUAAGUCUUGUAGAUAAUAGUUAAGUUUUUUUUGAAAAAUCGUCUUUCUUUUCCUCUUGUUUGUGUCUGGAAGCUUUUUUGUUCCUUUUUAUUGUCUCCGUAUGUCACUUUAUCUUUUAUUUGUGAUUAAGAGUUAAGCCCAAAGUUACAAAUAAAAGAAGAGGGAGAAACUUCAAUGUAACAAAGAACUGUCACUCCUAGUAUUGACAACUCUGCUUGAGGUCUUGUCUCGAUGAGCUACUUUCAAUUUGGUUCUAAUCCGUGGAGUUGUGUUCCGACAUAAAAGUUUUUUUGAAAAACGUGCUUGAUCUUAAGCCGGCCAAGACGUGUUUAAACAAAUAAACAAAACCAGGAUUGACGUUAAAUCUGAAUCUGGAAUUUUCUAUGUCGUUCCUCAAUGAGAAGAGAUCCCGUAAAACAGGCCAGGCCGUUUCCGAGCGCCAAACACUCAGGUUAUGUUCACACUAUGUCGGAUGGCUCUUCUGUCCGCACGGAAACCAUCCCGGAUAGCAGAGCUUCUGUUCAUACAUAAGCCGAGAACGAUGAUUUCGGUGCGAUUUCUGUAACGAAGCUAAGCUGCGCCGCUCCGAUCUCCAAAGUGGAGCGUCACAUAUCGGACAGGUUUUGUGCCAGACUUUGGUGCAGUGUGAACAGGAAGAGAAGUAGAAGUAGAAGCGACGACUAUAGGGAGAUUAAGAUUCACGUUUACGCCAAACGGCAACGUGAAUUUGUACCACGUGAACAAGUUUUCCCCUUAUUUUCCGUUUACUCGUUAUUGCUUCUACGCAAAAAUAAGUAAUUUUAUGCCAGUUUUAUCCUUUUGAAUCGUUCUGAACUGUUUUUAUCUGCUUAUCUUCUAUUCUGAGAAUUGAAUCUGACGUUUGCCGUUCGCGGUAAACGUGAAUCUUAAUCUCUCUUAUAAUCCACUGACACAGUAGUAAAUAUUAUUCAAGGGUGAGGACUGCGAUUCAGUUCACCAAACCCUGUCGGCCAACACCUCCGGCGGCGGCGGCGGCGGCAUGAUGUUUGAUGUGCAUUGUGAACAAGUUUUUCCAGUUCGACACGAAAAGUUAUCCUGUAUAGUAUAAACAUAACCUCACUGUGAACUGAAACGAGGUUAACAAAGUACAAAGGUUUUUUUUUUUUUUUGUAAAAAUAAGUUUUGUUUGCGUUAGGAUAAAAAAAUCAUUUUCGUACCAAUAGUCUCGCAUGUGCCCUAAUUUUAAAACAGAGUUUUAAGGGAUUUCUGAAAUAGCUAGGCUCGAUUUCCGCCGCUCUCUCGUGAGAGGGGCGCGGGCUCAUUUCACGAGAAAGCGGCUGGUAAUCGAGCCUAUGAAAUAGCCUGUCUAAGCAUUUUCAAGUCCUGUAAAACAAUAUCGUGCCGCAACGUCUUAGAGCCUGUUUACAUGGAGGUGGGGGACCCCAGCUAGGUGAGGUAAAAUAUGGCGGGUCACCCCACCUAUCAUGUAAACGUGAUCAAAUUAAAAUGAGAGAUCAUAUGGACAAACGGGUUACCCCACCUAAGCGGGUUAUCUCACCUACAUGGGGUCCCUCACCUCCAUGUAAACAGGCCCUUACAAACGUAAACCUAAUUGACCACUCCAGAAAUACCAUAACAUACCAUAAUGCUCUUUGUUUGUCACCCCAAAGCAAAAGCAUUGUCUUCAGUUUCUCGUCGGAGUCAAAGUGGCCCCAAGAGAAACUGAAAACAAUGCUUAUGCAAAAUUUUGGGUUGACAAACAGAGAGCAUUAUGGUAUGUUGUGGUAUUCUCUGGAAUGGUCAAUUGAUUGUCGUGGUGUGGGUUUGAAAUGGAGGGAGAAAAGAGAAGGUAGUGUCAACAUCUCCUUUUACAUGUUCAUAAUUACCACUAUCGAAUCGUAUUUCUGCAAAUCAUUGAUCGUUAAAAUUUACCUUUUCUCUCCUCUUAGAAAUCUUUUGACGCUGAAGAGAUGAGUGAAUGUAAGCUUACCAUUGGCGCCACCAGUAGUGAGGGCGACGAAGGGCAAACUCAAGUGAUUGUAAAGAUAAUUAACGAAAACGACAAUGUACCAGUCUUUCGCAAGGCGCUGUACUUUGGUUACGUGUCUGAGGGCCUACCUGAAAAGUCUGCUGUGACAGGUGAAAACGGAGAACCCCUUGUGAUCAACGCCACGGAUGCUGAUGUCGACGGCAGUGAUUUGAUUUACGAGAUUGUUGGAUGUUCAGCGUUCAUUAUUGACCCUCGCGUAGGAGCACUGACUACAGCUGAGGUACGAACAGCCUAAUUUUUGUCUUUUAUCUAGAUGGAAUUUGCAGUAUUGGUUUUCAGUAGAAACAACAACAUUACCAACAUUUUGAUUCCAGCAUCGAAAACAAAAGGUUCGCCACUUUAGAAAAGGGAAGGAAUCAGGAGCCGAAGUGCGUCGCGCAAUUGUUCCUUGGAUCGUUACUGGGGAGGCGCCGUGAAGCUGUUAGAGACUUUAAGAUCCAAAGACGUGACGACAACGAGAUCGUGGAUUAAUAAGCUAACUUGCGUUCUUUCAGUCUGAAUUCUAAGGGACAAUACCCAAGUUCAGAAAGAGAAAUAAAAUUUCGUCGUUGCUUGUUUACGUUCCAUAAAACGCGAAAUUAGGCAUUUUCGUGUCGUAGUAGUGUUAUAAUGGCAAAGAAAUGUACAGAAAAGUGUGAUGCACGUGCAAAGUUGCUGUUUCGCUCCUUAAACUUAUUGUUUUUGACGUUCUCUUUGCCGUAGCGUCGUUGGAUCUUAAAGUCCUUUUUGACCAAUUUUUUCCCGUCCCAAUUAACAAUCCAGAAGACUUUAUGGAAGUGAACUCGGUCAAUUUCCCUAAGUUCUCGUUUCUAAAGUGGCGAAUUACUUAGUGACUUGUCGCGUGGACGGCGGGUCUACGCGUCACUUUUCUCAUUCAAGAUAUCUGUAUGACAACCUCAUUGUGCCGGUGGUGAGAGUUCAACUGUGUCAGUGGUGCGUUAUACAGUGUGAUCCAAUCUUUUCUGUGUUACUUAUUAGAUGGUAGUUUUGGAUAACCACUUUUUACCUUCCUUAUUAAAUACCCUUCCAGCACUUAGACUAGUACCAACACAAACUCAACUUGCAAGUACAAGAGUUUUAUUAGGCGUAACACUCAUGUUUUUCUUGUUUCUUCAUCUUAAGGUGUUUGAUUUUGAGAUGGUGUCUUCGUACAAGUUCAAGGUCAAAGUUUCAGAUGGUGGUGUCCCAAGUUUUGCUGCUUUUGUAGAUAUAGAAGUCUUUAUACAAGAUGUAAAUGACAUACCACCUACCUUCAUCGCGCACACUUUCAGCGCCACCGUCUUCAUUCCAACUUUUCCGGGAGCUGAAGUUGUUAAAGUUAGCGCGGUUGACGGAGACUCACCUGCUCUCACCAACCUUAGUUAUUCUAUAGCUACACCUCAUCUAGAAGAAAAAUUCAGCAUUUCUCCAUCACUUGGUAUCAUCACCGUGAAGAACGUAUCACUUGUAUCUGAAGCUACUUAUCACAUGAAAGUCUCUGUUUCUGACGGGAAUUUCACCGACGAAACCACUGUUGAUGUCCAUUGCACUCCUCUGCCGCUCAGUGAUUUGAAAUUCAGUCAGAAAAUCUAUAGUACUUCUGUGUUGGAAGGAAUCAGUACAGAAAGAGAAAUAGCUACAGUGCGGGCGGUAGGCUAUUCGGUCUCAGAGUUCGUUACCUACUCAAUCGUUACACCUUCAGAUGUUUUCUUGAUCUCUGAAAGUACAGGCGUCGUGUCAACCCUUCCCGGAAAGGAAUUUGAUCGUGAAGCAGUAGAUCAAUAUGAAGUCGUCGUGCAAGCUCGAGAUGGUGGGAAACCGUUGCCAAGAGUUGCUCAAAGUGUUGUGCAUGUGACCAUAGACGACGCUAACGACAAUGUGCCAAAGUUCAUCGAGGAGACUUACUUUUUCGUUGUCCAAGUCAGCGCGGAUGUAAAAUCUUCUGUUGGUCGCGUAAAAGCUUUAGAUGAGGACAUCGGUAGCAAUGGUAAAGUCAGGUAUGUGCAGAAUAUUGAUUUGUCCCUAAUUUUGAGACAUGCGUGCUUGUAACCGACCGAGUCGGGCUCGAAUUUUAAUUUGUUGUACUUCGGGAUAUGAAGAUGAUAUUAUAUGGAGAGUAUUAGAGUUUAACGUGCGUACGUGCGUAAAAUUUACGUUCGCAAAUAAAAUAGAGGCAAUGCAUGAAGGGUCGCUCGUCAGCGUAAAAGUUGAACCUCGCUCAGCUUCUCGUUUAAGCUCAGCACUUUUUAUCUUGCCCCUAUUUUAUUUACGUUAUUAAAAUUUACGUCCGUUACCGUGCGUAGCCAAAAACGCGUCAGUGGAAAUCAACCUUAGGGGGAAACUAUAUUCGACACUUAAAACUUUAUUUCAGUUUAUUGUUGAGCGUGUAAAUGCUAGUCCACUGAUAAAGGAUAUUCGUUGCCGGGAAGGAAUUUCUUUCUCGAGAUUUCACCAGUGACCUAACCAUCAUAACACAGUCUUUAACAUUUCUCUAUUUUAGCUACUUCCUCAAAAGUGGAGGUGACAGUCGUUUUGAAGUUGAACAAACCACAGGUAACAUCAAGGUCCGUCAAUUGCUGGAUGAUGUAGCCAUUCACAGCGUCUUCACCCUUGAAAUCGAAGCCCGUGAUAACGGCCUGCAGCAACUGAGCGCAAGAGCGGUUGUGCAGGUGAAAGUGGUGGAUAAGGAGACGCCAAUAUUCCAUCAGUUGUCUUACAGUAAGGUGCUGUCAGAGGAUGUAAAAGUUGGCGAGGAAGUAGGUCGCAUUCAAGCCAGGAGUCCGGGUGGUGCCAGUAUCCUCUAUAGCAUCGUGCAAGGAGAUCCAUUGAAUCAGUUCUCUAUUGAACUGAAAACAGGUAAACAAUUGUCAAAACAUUGUCAGUAAAUGAAAGAAAAGCACUCAGGGUUGAAGCUAUUAAUCAUGCACAUUACCAAUAGGCAAUUUCAAAACCAGGCCAACUGCAAAAACUGUGAAAAUGAAUUUCAUUUGUAUGUGAACAAAAGCUCGUUUUCAUAUCAAUGGCCUUGCACUUAUCAUCGCUUCGAAACAGGGGCUUGGGGCAAUUCGGAAAUGGCUUCUUUCGCGAAGGACGACGAUACUAUUGGCGGUUUUGCGCAAGAAAACCUGUAACCAGUGGGAGUGCGGUAUAGUCACUACCCUUCACCAAAGCCCCUUUGGUUUAUUUCUUUCCCGAUUUUAAUGCGCAGCUCAGCAUGAUUAUUGUAACUUGUACAUAAUGAUUCUACUUACUAUUUCCUUACUUUUAAGGCGUCCUGACAGUAGUAGAUUCUCUUGACUACGAAACUCUUACGAGUUACCAGCUCACCGUCCGCGCGACCGAUGCCAAGACAUUCUCAUUUGGAGAAAUAAAUGUCGACAUCACUGUCACUGAUGUCAAUGAUAUCCCUCCACUGUUCAACCGAUCACUUUAUCUGGCGAAGGUUUCCGAAGCCAUGCCGAUUGGUACCUCGGUUAUUUCCGUUUACGCGUUCGAUGGAGACUCCGGUAUCAACAAGGCUUUGACCUACCAACUGGACAGUAAAACUAGUGGAUUUUUCAUAAUUAGCCAGGAUAACAACGAAAUCUCAGUCGCCAAGAAACUCGACUAUGAAGCACACGUGGUCCACGAAUUCAAGGUCAUAGCCACCGAUGGUGGAAGUCCACCGCUGACUGGGGAGGCACGCGUACGCGUCGUGGUCGAAGAUGCCAACGACAACCCACCCAAGUUUGAACAGGACAACUACGCCACUUCCGUGUCUGGUGGAGUAGGGCCUGGAUUCUUCGUCACGCGGGUCAUUGCUACAGAUCCAGACCAAAGUGAUGUUGGAAAGUUGCAUUACUCUUUUACCUCUGGGAAUGGCAAGGAGUUCUUUGAACUGGAUUCGAAAUCGGGUGUUUUAACCAUCUCCAGAAAAGCUGGUCUUGAGCGCGGUAAAGUGUAUGACCUUGGCGUACAAGUCACAGAUGGAAAGUGGACUGCUAAGACUAGUGUAAGAGUCGUUAUUGGGGAUACAAACGACCACAGCCCAGUCUUUGACCAGGAAACCUACACUGUCGAUUUGCAAGAGAAUUACCCCGAAGGUAUGUUUAUUACCAUGGUCACAGCCACCGACGAGGAUUCUGGCAAAUACGCCCGCAUACGGUACUCUAUAGAUGACGUGGAGGCGUCUGAAAAGUUCUCCAUUGAUGCUGAUACAGGAAUGAUAUACAGCAGGCUUACUUUUGACCGCGAGAAUUCAUCUCACGCCUUCACAUCUGUUCCUAUACGAGCCACAGACGGCGGUGGAAAAUUUGGAUUCUGUACCGUGGAGGUAAGAGGCUCUCUCCGCUUGCUCUUAUACUUAAAUUCAGGACGCUGGUGUAAAUUGUAAAUAAUUUUCAGUGUAUGUCGAAAUCCGCCUUGGGGCCCAUUGGUCGAACGUCCCGGUAACGUUUCGGGGCCAAAAUCAAACAUCCAAAUCAAAAUCUAAAAAAUUAAUGCGCAAGUCCAUGAAAAAAAGCCUGCCCAUUUUGUGUCGUUAACUGAGAAUUUUUAUUAACAAGAGCUUUCCGGACCUGUUAAUCAUCGCGACGUUUGAGAAACGUUCCCCUCAGAUGAAUAAACGUUUCUCGGACACUUUGGGGACCACGAGUGUAUUUUCUUUUUCCAUUAAUUAACAAUUAUUCCUCGAGCCCAAAUAGGCUCUCAGUCAGUCCAUGAGGCCGAAGGCCGAAUGGGCUAUUGACUCAAAGGUCAUGAGGGCGAGAGGAAUAAUUGUUUUAGUAAAAUCCAACUAGUUGGUCAAAAAUAUCGAGAAUAAAAAAAUUUUAGUUAGUUAAAACUAGACUUUAAUCCCUUUUUGCCGCCAAAAAGCCCGCGCCUUUCGCUACUAGUGGGCUAUAACAGAUAACCUAGUAGCUCAACCAAUUAGAACGUAGCAUUGAUAAUAGACCACUAGUUGGAUUUUACUAAUUAUUAAUAUUCUCAAUCGUUCUUAUUCGUGUAGACUUGCAUUCCAGGUUUAAUGAUGGUGCGUUGAAUGUCAUUUUGGUUUGGGGUGAAUAGUUUUCAGUGUCUGGAAAGACUUUCUUUUGUAGAGUCGCUUGUUGUUUCAUAAAAACUUUCUUCACAAGUGACCUUUCUCCUUUCAACAGGUACGCAUCUUAGACGAGAACGAUAAUCAGCCAAAAUUCGAGCUUACUAGCUACGAGAUAACCAUUCAACAGUCGAAGCCUGUGGGUUCUCACAUCCUAGUGACGUCAGCAAGUGACGCAGACACGGGAAGUAACAGUCUGCUGACCUACGUCAUACUCGGUCACCAGACCCCACCGGUAUUUGAGAUCGAAACGGACACAGGAGCGAUAAAAAUUGCCAAACAACCACAAGUAAAAACUUACAGGUUUUAUGUACUGGUGAAGGAUGGUGGCAGCCCACAGUUGGGUUCCAUGGUUCCUGUUUCGGUCAAUGUGGUAACAAAAGACGCAAAGAUCUUGCAGUUUAACAAGCCUGAGUAUCGAGUAAGCAUAGCAGAAGAUGCUAAAGUUGACACCGUGGUAACAAUAGUGCGUCCUUCGUUUCCUGGCAGCACACGCCCGCUCAUUAGCUUCAAGAUCAUUCCUGGGAAUUCACCUUCGUCGCGUGGAGAGAAGUUCAGCAUUGACGCUAACGGACAGAUUAAACUGGAGGAUCCAUUGGAUCAUGAGACCCUGAAGAGAUACGUUCUUGUUAUAGAGGCGGAAGCGGCUUCAGCCUCCCAAGUGGCGCGUACAGUUGUCAUUGUGUCAGUUGAAGACAUUAAUGACAACACUCCUCACUUCUUGGCCAAUCCCUACAGAGUCAGUGUUCCUGAGAAUAUCGAAAAUGGGUCGAAGGUGUUACGAGUGUUUGCCGAGGAUUUAGACGACUCCAUUAAUGGGCAGAUCUUAUAUGAAUUUGAAGGAGACCCAAAGUUCUUUGCGAUUGACCAGCACACAGGCUGGAUAACCACAGUAAAACAUCUUGAUCGCGAAGUCUUUAACUCGCGUAUUCUCCGCGUGCGUGGGACUGAUAGAGGCAACGCCACGCAGUUAUCGGGUCAGACCGCUGUUCACGUGACUGUGCUGGAUGUGAAUGACUCACCGCCAAAGUUUACCGAAGAUAUUUUCGAGUUCGUGGUGCGUGAAGAUGCCAUUAUUGGGCAAGAGAUAGGCACGAUCGAAGCUGUCGAUGAAGAUUUGUACUCUGAUAUUUACUUCUUUAUUAUGUCGGGUGAUCCUCAAACGAAAUUUGUCAUCGAGCAGAAAACUGGUAAGGUUUCACUGCAAUCUUCUCUUGAUCGCGAGUCGGUUUCCUCGUAUAAACUAAACGUGAGUGCAUCAGACGGUCUGUACACAAGCUUCGUCACUCUAAAUAUCACUGUGCUUGAUGCCAAUGAUAAUCCUCCUGUUUGUACCCAGUCCAUCUUCAUUGAGCAUGUUCAGGAAGACGUAAAGCCUGGGUUCGAGGUCUUGGUAGUUGAGGCAACUGAUGAAGAUGCAGAUGAUAAUGGAAAGUUGAAAUACUCUGUAUUCGGUCAAGGGAUCGGAGUCUUCUCGGCUGAAAAUGGGACAGGUGAGUUGUCACGCUAGUCCUUUCUUGCGUUACGUUGAUUGUUUGAAACGCAAUUUUGCCCGAAUCGUUGAAGUGAAUCUUAAUUAGUGAAGUCCUGAUUCGAAGAAUCAAGUUUUACUAAGAAAGCCACGUUUCCGAAAGUGUUUAUUGAGCUUUACUGACACCGUAAGAACAAACUGGUGUGACAGGACGGAACAUCCCCUUGACAAAUACUUUGUCUACAGUCUCACUAGCCUGCCUAGCUGGCGGUAUUGUCUCGGUGCGCAAUUAAAGUUUUGGCGGCGGAGCCGUGAUGCAAAGAAGGGAGGGGCGCUUACGCCGCUCUUGACGGCUUGGCUGCCAAAUCUCACUCGACUACUACACAAUGCCGCCGGUUACGCAGGCUACAGUCUCACAUUAGAAUGCCCGCAGUUUAAAGGAGUAGAACUAUAUGUCGUGAUCAUAGAUAAGAAGGGGCUAUUUUGCUACCAGUUGAUCGUUUCUUUGAUUUCUAAGGUCAAUCGCGGUACCUAUGUCAAUACAAAAGCAUUACCAACAGUGGGGAGGCGGGGAGGUGGACCGUAAAACAGUAAGAGUAGGCAGAGCAUAAACAAUGUUGCUGUAUGAUUUUCGGAAGAGAACUAAUCAAAUAGGCGAGUGCUUUCUUGUUUUGGGAGCAAGCAAAUAUAAUAUCUCAACACGAUCAAACGCUGCAUUGCUGGCGUUUUUGACACAUUUUCUGUUUAGCUGGCUUGUGAAAUCUGGGUGAAAGUUGGUUUGGGGACUGCUCUCGCAAAUCGUGUGAUUGGUGUAACCGUUUUUAAAUAUUAUAUUUUAUCUCAUUUCAACAUUAGGUCGUCUACUAACAGCUGCUCUGCUGGACCGAGAGACUCAUGACAUGUUCAACUUUAUGGUGUCAGCGGAAGACCGUGGAGGGCAGGCGUGCUUUAGCAAUAUUACAAUUAUCCUCGAUGACAUCAACGACAACGAGCCAGUCUUUACUCAGGCGGAGUACAGGAAGUCAGUAUAUGAAGACGCACGAUUGAACACGGUGUUACUGCAAGUGAAAGCAGACGAUGCUGAUGUAGGAAGGAACAGAAAAAUAUCUUACUCCCUUUUGAAUACGGCAGGAAAUACAUUCAGUAUUGACUCCGAGAGUGGUAUUAUAAGCCUAGAGAAGUCUCUGAACCGAGAGGUACAAGAGUCGUAUUCUUUAACUGUACAGGCUCGAGACAGGGGAGAUCCUUCUAAGUCGUCUACCUGUUCUGUAGUGAUACAGGUACUAAAUAUUAACGACUUGCCACCUGAAUUUGAAGAGACAAGCUACAAGGCCAACGUCAGCGAGGAUUCUUUAAAGGGAACGCAAGUAACAACCAUGCAUGCUAUAAGUCGCGAGGCUGGUGACGAGGAUAUAACUUACACCAUUCUUCAAGGGCCUGAUUCGGACAUGUUCCAGAUUGACAAGGUUACUGGAGCUGUUACCUUACAAGGCAGCUUAGAUUACGAAUCCAAGAAAAGCUAUUUGUUGACGAUUCAAGCGAGUGAUGUUGGUCCUCCUGUCCUAUCCGCUACAACGUCAUUGAAAAUUAUUGUUACUGAUGCGAAUGACCAUGUCCCUGAAUUUGGACAGGCCUUUUAUAGGCCUAAAGUCGACGAGAACUCUUACAUUGACAAGUUUGUGCUUCAGGUCUUCGCAACCGAUCUCGACCAUGGCUCCAAUAGUGACAUCCGUUAUUCUAUCGUUAAGGGAAACGAGGUUGGAAAGUUUAAAAUUGAUCCCAUAAGCGGUGUUAUAAGCGUUGCCGCAUCUUGUGACUAUGAAUUGAAGUCCGAGUACACUCUGACAGUACGGGCUCAAGAUGAAGGCAAACCUCCGCUGUCCUCCGAGACCGAAGUUAACGUGCAAAUCAACGAUGUUAAUGAUAACCCGCCGGAGUUCUCUCACACCAAUUUCACGGUAUCCAUAAGAGAGAACGCACCAUCAGGUACCACAGUGAUCUUCUUAAGGCCGCACGACCGAGAUGGCCAUGGAAAUGCAGGACCCUUUAAUUUCAUGAGAUUGGAAGGAGACGGAUCCAAGUUUAAAUUACAUAGAAAUGGUCUAAUUACCAAGGUGGGUCCUUUGGAUCACCGAGACGGCGAGCAUAAGUUUAAAUUCCGCGUGUUCGAUAGUGGUGAGCCUCCGCGGUUUACCGACAAGACGGUUACCAUCAAAGUGGUGGAAAGUAUCACUCACCCUCCUGAGGUUGAGCCGCUGGCCGUGUAUCUUAAGUUGUACAGCUCACAGUUUAACGGUGGAGUCAUUGGAAGCGUUAAAGGGAGCGAUCCUGACAAGGACCCUCUCACGUAUUCAAUUGUGGAGCCUGGUGCAGUGAGCCCCUUCACUAUAACCCCGGAUGGAGUCAUCAGCGCGAUAUCCAACGUCCUUAGCAAAAUUUACAGACUCAAUGUUAGUGUCACAGACGGCAAGUACUUCACGUAUGCUGAUGUGGAGAUCGACGUGUCUGAUGUAACAGAUAACAUAUUAGAACACUCUCUUACUCUACGUUUAGCUGACCUGGGUCCUGGUGCUUUUGUGGAAAGGAACCUUGUAAAAUGCCGAAAGUACUUGGGCAGUCUCCUGAGGGUUCCCGCUCGGAAGGUUCAUAUUUGGAGCCUGCAGUCCGCCGAUUCCAAUUUGGACGUUGUGUUUGCUAUCAUGAAGCGUCACAAGGUAGGACUUCUUUUUGCAAUACGGUCUCGUGGCGUAGGUAUGCCCUGUUAGUGUUUCUUAGAUUAAUAGACUCCCUUGUUUAAACUCAGAAAACCAUCCGAAAGAAUGAAGCAAAAAGCGCUCAAAAUAGGCUAGUCAUCUGUAGUCAGUAGUAAAUUGGGACCAGUCUGCGAUCGAUGUUCCUCUUGGGAAUAUCAGUAAAGUAAAAAAUGAUUUCAUGUGAUUCACCCGCAUUAGCCUCGACUGCAAUCUAGUCCCAGUUUUCUGUCGAAGAAACGAUCUCUCAACCCAGGCGUCCAUUUCCCACGCGGUAGCCAUGAUAUAGUACCUACCAUAUUUUGUUUCUAUACUUUGUAUUCUUAUCUUUUUUUAGCGGCAAGGAAUUUUGAUCCCUGGCUUAGGGAACACUCUCGUUUGCUCUUGUUUCCUCAUAUUAAAUCCCAGUUCUUCUUUUACAGGGUUUCUUUGAUUCCCAUCACAUCGCACACAAGUUGAACUCUUCUCGUGGCGAUUUUGAGCGGACUGUUGGAGUCAAGGUGGCUUACAUUGGCGUCAGCCAGUGCCGUCUGAUGCAGUGCCCUGAGAAUUAUUCAUGUCAAACGGUUUUCAAACCGCAGAACAAGCAGAUAAGAAUCAUGUCAGAACGAACAACUUACAUCAGUUACGAGCAUUCUAGAAGUCACGCGUGUAUGUGUGACCGUGACAGAGGUGAGUCAUUGCUUGGCCAAAAAAAAACCGUGUUUGUGCCGACAUAAAUUCUUCAUGCAGGCGUCUGCUUUUUUACGUCCUGUCUCACGUGAUAGUAUUUUGAGGAACAAUAAUGCAAGAAACAGCUCACGUAAACUUCUAACAGUCCUCCUUACAGGGCUCCCGAGCGGAAGCCUUUUCUUACAGUGCGACCACACGAACGGCAGCCACCCAGACAAAAUGUUGAGAUAAAUUUUGAAAUUAGCUAAUCACAAGUAGAGAUCUACACAAUGAAAUUGUGCAUAACUAUGCUUGACCAGUUCUCUGUUGUUUUGUUCAACAGGCACAAAAUUCAAAUUUAUAACUGCUUCCGGCCAACCCAGACGUUUUCAAAAUUUUUUUCAGCUUGAUUUAUACAAACGUCACUAUUCCAUAUUUAUAUCCUAUAGAAAAAUGGUUCGUAGCGUACUUUGAAGUGGCUCUGAGUACAAUUAUGCGCAAUUUCAUUCUUUAGGUCUCGACUUGUGAUUAGCUAAUUUCAAAAUUUGUCUCAAAAUUAUGUCUGGGUGGCCUCGGUUCGUGUGAUCGCCUUGUAAAUGAAAUAAGCCUCGACCACUUAAGUUUAGCGUUGCCCUUGUUGUCGCUUGUCCAGUCCUCAACUUGUCUUUCAAAAAAUCCUGGCAGCAAGAUAGCAUUUACUUGAUAACCUUGUCAAAAUUGAUGGUGAAUGGAAUCAGGAGAAGAAAUAAGAACUGUAGUUAGAUUUAAGCCAGUACCAAUUGAUCAACUGGUCAAAGGUUUUAGCUUAAUGACAAAUUGUUAGGGAUUUCACCGCAGAUGCAAAACUAAAGACCAACACUACUCGAGUGGGUCUUGUGUUCAGGAUAGAGUAACACUUGAUGUGACGUUAACACGGAAUUAUUUUGAUUCUUAAUAUACUUUUUGGCCGAUUAUUAACUACGUUGUUAUGUUCAUGAUCAGGCUGUAUGAGCGGCACAAGUGGUAAAUGCUCUUCCAAACCUUGCCCUGCUGGCUAUGAAUGUGCGGACGUAUUACAGGGAUUUCAGUGUAAGUGCGUGGACUCAUCUAAGUGUGACCUGGAAACACCAAUCUGCCAGGACACUUCAUGCAUCACAGGUAUGGAGUACUUUUCCUGUGUUAUAUACUUUUCGGGCAUUGUAAUAUUCCUAAUCGCUUCGACAUCUCUCUUGAUAUGGUGCAUUCUCUACUUCUUUAGUGAUCUACACUGUUAGGGAAUUAAGUAAUACAGUAGUGAGUGGCCCCUUAUACUUUCCCUAGUGUGACGCUUGGCAACGAUGGCUCCUUUAUUUAACACAGUCACCCUUUUGUUCAACAGAGCGAACAUUAGUACUCUGCUUGUCGACUGGGAAGGAAAAUUAUUUUGUAUUUGAUUGUUUUAAAGUUUGUGUGUAAAAAAGUACUAAUGUCCUGGGGCUCUGCAGAACAACCCCCAACUGAACUACAAAUAUAUCCGAAAAAAGGAAUCUGGAAUGUAGAGGGAUUUGCUUAAGACCGUUUGAUUUGGUGUCUGUAGGUGACAAGGCAAUGACGUUUGGAGGCGACUCUUACAUAAAAUAUCAGUUGAAGGAAUCGUUUGACGAACCUUCCCGUUCCAUCAGCUUCGCUCUCAAGACAACUGAACCACAGGGUACUUUGGUGUUCGCCGCGGGACAGUAUGACUAUAGCAUCCUGGAGGUUUGUACGGCAAAUUAAAUUUCUGUUUUUGAGUGAGCUGGCAAUAAAUGUAAAUCCAAAAAGGUUUACCUUGCUAAAUUGAUUCCUAAAGGACAGGUCACCAGAGGACAAUUUUCCUCAGUGGCUUAAAUUAAGGAUUGUUUUCCUUUUAGAUCGUUAAUGGCCGUCUGCAGUUGCGUUUUGACUUCGGCAGUGGCGCAGGCGUAGUGGACCUCGACUGGGCCAGAGUGAAUGAUGGGACAUGGCAUCACGUGACAGUUAAGCGGCAUGGUAACCACGCUACGCUGAUCCUUGACAAAGGCCGACAUCGCGCCUGGAACAAGUCACCAGGGAAAAUGAGAAUUCUGAAUCUAGAUGAGAACGCCAUUUAUUUCGGCGCUAAAGUUGUGCGGUCAGAUCGAAGAAGAGAUACAAGCAAUCUAGGUAAGAAAUUUUCACUUCUAAAAAUCAGUUGUGUUUACCUGCUGAGUGAAAACUUACAGCCUGUUUUUAAAUAGCAUAAUACUCUUUAUCAUCACUCGAGUUAACGAUGCUGUAUUUCAGAAGCAUAAGGGAGGAAAUGUCUUUUGUGUCUAUUCAACCUAGUUUGUUGAAAAGACCCGUCCUAGACGUCGAACUAUUUUUGAGCCCAACUUAAUUGGAAUUUGGGUCGACCCAAAUUGACAAAAGUACAUCUUUUGGUUCAUAUGUCGAAAUUAAUUCAUUUUGAGCAAAAAAUCAUGAAAUUUCAAAAUAUCAUGUGAUUACUUAUCAGAAACAGGAGCAUGUCGGAAAUAACGCAUUAUUUUCGGCUCCUGAAAAAUCGACGUAUGAAUCAAAGCCAUUCCAAAGUCGAAAUUCUCAGGCGAGUCACGCGGAAAGAACGCCUAAGUUGUUCAAGUUUGAAAUUGAUUGAGACAGGGAAUGUUAUCUGAUCGAGCCUAACUCCUUGUAUAGACACUAACUCUGCUUCUCGUUUCCCUACAACGUCUGCAGUGGAAAUUUGGGGAAACGAAAAGCAUUUUAACUUAAGUAAUUGCAGUGUCGCAAACAAUUGGAGAAGUAAGCAUUGUACAUUAACUUCUUUAUGUGUUUCUUUCAUUCCAGGUCAGCAAGUCGAGAAUGGAUUUAAAGGCUGUCUACAGAACAUAAAUCUGAAUGGCGAAGACUUACCUAUGUCUGGAUCGACCAGUCAUGUGACUGCCCAACCAUUCAAGGCAGCGCCUGGUUGUCGAUUGUCAGGCGCCUGCCGUGUUAACACUUGCCCUCGCGACAGCACAUGUGUUGAGACAAUGACGUCAAAGAAGUGUGAGUGUCUUCCAGGUCACUCGGGCCAAGACUGCCAGCCUUUUGUCGGAUGUGAAGCCAAUCCUUGCAAAAAUGACGGCACUUGCUUUAAUGGCCAAGAACGUGGCUACCGUUGUGCAUGCAAAGAGGGGUACACAGGGACGCAGUGCCAUAUUUUCAUUGGUCAGUGCGUAAGCAGUCCUUGCAAGAACGGUGGCACAUGCUUUCCUAGCGGGAAAAACGACUUCACUUGCUCAUGCCCAAAGGGAGUCAGGGGAUUAACGUGUGAUCAAGACACCAGGCCCUGUGCGUCUAAUCCAUGCGCGUUUAAUACCAAUUGUACGAAUAUGGGCAACGAUUACCAGUGUGACUGUGCCCCUGGACUGUCUGGAAAGAACUGUGAGAAAGGUUACCGCUGUAGUCGCCAGCCAUGUAAGAACAGUGGCACCUGCCAAGUGCUGGAUGGCGGAAGAAACGUUUGUGCCUGUGUUCCUGGGUACACGGGCCCAGAUUGUUCCCAAGACGUGGAUGAGUGUGCUAGUUCACCUUGCCAAAACAGCGGUAUCUGUGUGAACACUCUUGGGAGUUUCACCUGUAACUGCUCCACCAGCACCCACGGGGGAAAGCUUUGCGAACAAGUCCUGGCCAGCGUUGAAGCCCGUCGCGGAUGGCCGUUGGGACAAACAGAAAUCAUCGGCAUCGCAGUUUUCCUUGCUGUCUUGCUACUAAUUGUUGUCCUCGUAGUAUUUAUCUUCCGAUGGCGAGCUAGGAGAAAACGCGAUCACUCUCUUCAAUCUGGAGCUGCCAAAACUACGGUUUUAAAAGUGUCACCACCGGUAGUGGGAUCAGAAGUGACGUCACCUGAACCUCCUACGCCUCCUCCGAGAGAAAUCCAUGGGUAUAACGUGGACGAUUUAGGAAUGCCUCCAGGCUAUGAUGCCGAGGAUUCAUGGCGCAGACGCGAAAGGACGCGGAAGGAAUUCGGUACUAUGAAAACACUGACCUCGCUUUCAGAUAAUAACUUGCCUGGCUACCACUGGGACUACACCGACAUUCCUGCUGACUUGGUCCCUGGAAGUCCUUUGUCCAAGGAACGUUCUGGAAGCUACGGAGGGGCAGAAUGCGUACCUAUAGCGCCGGAAGUCCCGCAAAGGCCAUCCAGUUUUAGAUCUUCACAGGGUUCUCUUGAUGUGCCUGAAGUCCCGAAAAGGCCACGGAAUUACAAGGUAUCUGAAUCAGAAGAUGGCUACCCGGACCCUGUUCCCCAUAUUCCAAAAAAGCCCAUGGAAUACAUCAAUCCCAAGGGUAAAUCAGCAUCUAGGUACUCCAUGGACUCCCGUUACUCUGAGUUCUCUGACGCCACCGACCUUGAUCCUGAUAUCUUCAAAGGCCGAUUUCCCCGACCCCCGAGGGAGCCGUAUCCCGAAAGUCUGGACCAACAUCCUGUAGGGGUAGGGUCGUACGCUCCUACUCUGACCACGCGUGGGUCUGAACUUGGCAGCAUAACGGACGGGAUGUACUCUGAGGACGAUCUCGAGCAGGUAUACCUCGGUAAUCGGAUGGAGGCCUGCGAUGAUUCACCUGAAAACUCUUAUCUUCACUCAGAGAACUGUUCUGAAGAUGAGGAUGACGAAGACGAAGGAAGGUUUGCGUGUGGGGCACCUGAUCCUGAAUUUCACAAGGCGUUGCAACGAGAGAUAAAGGAGAUGAUGGAUGAACUUGAAGAACUAAAGAUGGAGUCUGAACUCUGACACAGCAUAAUCCUUAAUAGUACCAUUCCUUACUCGAGCAGACAAAACACCUCCAAGACCCAAAAUCGCAUGUCCGUCGUGAUUUUCGGUAUUCUCGUGACUUGCAGAUCAAGUGUUACAAGGUAGUGUUCUGAAGGAUUUAAAGUUGAAUUUUAUCAUGAUCUUUCCGCUGUCUAGCUGCCAUAAAAUUCCGUCCAGUACCCGUUUUAAUAACCGGUCAAUUAACCAAUGAAAAUCAGAUGCAGUCAAUUAAUCGCAGCUCAAGGAAAAGUUGGUCUUUCCAAACCUGACCAAGAUCAUCUGAAACGCUUGUAACUAACUCUGCACGUUGUCACUAGUAAAGGUGUAUUUUCACUGCCUUGUAAUUUUUACGUGUGUGCGCACGUAAAAUUUACGAGCGUAAAGAAAAUAGAGACAAUGUAUUGAGGUUCUCGGGUAAACGUAAAAGGUGAACGUCACUCAACUUUCACGUUUACACGUGGCCUUUCAUACAUUGCCUUUAUUUCAUUUACGCGCCUAAACUUUACGUGCGCUCGCACGGAAUAAUUACGCGACAGUGGAAAUCAGCCCUAAGGAAGAGGUUUCUUAUAAGUUUUAAUCAGCAUUAAGAGUUUACCGACUGGAGGCUUUAACAGUCUGAGAAAUCAUCCUAUGACGUACAAAGUAGCUUUGAGAACUUCAGAAUUUUAGAAAGUAGUUAUCUUCUUUAUGGCUUACAUGCAACAAACAAAAUCAUCAAAUUUUAAAGCAAAGGAUUAGACCGUUUAUUUCAGUUUGAAAAAGAAGAGCCUUUUCAGGCGUUAAAAAAUUUUGAAAGGUUCACGAUUAUAAAAGAAAAUAUAUUUUUAGAUUUUUGUACUCGUCUUUUGAGUGAAUUUUAAUAUUUCUCGAUCGUUAAAAUCAUAUUUAAAAUUAUCACGACGUGUACAGCCGGAGCAAGGACUGGACUGAGAAACGUUUUACCAUGUUAUUUAUCAAAAUACAAAUUAGAAAUUUGUAGGUACAAAGUUUUAUGCGUACGUAUGGUGUGCGCUUUAAAGAAUCUAAGGCACACGGAUAACCUGCGAACACGUGUUCCUUCCCUUUUAUAUCACCGAAAAAAGAACGCCUGAUCGCAGAUUGGCAAAUUGGAUGUAGCCUCCCACCCAUGCGUUCUUUUGGCUUGCCACGCAACAGUCCUCCUUAUCAAAUUUUAGGAACGCCUUUCGUGGGAGACUAAACGCAAAUAAAUGUUGUCUUUAGUGACUUUUGAACUCCAUAAUUUUCAGUCCGAUUCGUUUACUGCAGUCUGUCCCUGCGUUUUCCUAGAAACGUUUCAUAUAGAUGUAAUUUAUUUUUAAUGCGCUUUUUAAACAUAUAAACGACAUUUGACUGAGAAGUCAACUAAGUAUCUUUCAUAAAGAAAUUUGUACUCUGUUAAUAUUUUAAGUUUAGUAAUAAAAAAU